GUGUGACUUGUCAUUAGAGACUUUUGCAGGCGCGCGACUCCGCUCACCAGCUGCUUGUACGAAAAGUGAGCGACGGUUGGGAUCACCUGAACCCGCGUGCUUUAGAAAGGACGGCAGCCUCUUUUGAACAGUGAUAACGGCCCUUAAUUAUGGCUUUAAAAUAUCGCGAGAGCUCUGUUUACAUGAAGUUGAACAAUUACAACUCGCGUCAUUAUUAAAUACAUUUUUAUACUCCCGAAUGGAGGAGAAGAAGAGUGAUUUAGCUCGCGCGGAGGGGCUGAAUGUGGAACUUUGUGGAAAUAUGUAACUGUGACAAAUGAGAUUAAAACAUGGAGCAGUCGGCUACUCUCGACAUAGAGACACUAAAGGUAAGAAAAACUAUUUAAAAUGUGAGUUUUUGCUUUUAUUCAGUUAUAAAGGGAAAGUUUAUGAGCAAAAUUGCUAACGGUUUUGCGUGUUUACUUGGUGUCGCACUACACAGUUGAGUUUAAUUUCUUUUGCUUUGUAGGACAGGGGGAUACUUCACGGACUUGUUCAUUAAUAAUUCAUCUUUGUAUUGUCUUGUUUUAUUCAGCACUUCAAACUCCAGCUUCUCUUGAGUGCUCUCCGCAACAGGUGUACCCUUUGCUUCAAUUGUUGCAUUAAAAAUCUCAGCAAAUUAAAGAUGAAUGUGAGGCGUCUGUUCACUGUUCCAAGUCUUGCAGUGUUUGCAUCUCCAACUCCACUCCAGGCGGGGAACGCGAUGAUUAAUAACCGCUGACCAGCGCUCAAACACCUCGGGAAGCCUGCCUGGAGUUCUUUACAUAUCUCCCUCCUGCACUAUACCUCAUUUUCUAUGCAUUCACCUCUUCAAGAAUCAGAGUAAUGUGACAGCUUAUGAAUAUUCCUCCUGCAUGCUUUCUCAUUAUUAUUCCAGGCUACAGCAGGGGGGAGACACUAACCUCUGGGUACAGUGAAUGCAUCUCCUCUCUUGUGCUGCAGUGCCAAAGAAAAGAGGCGGCUUGGUGUCAGGGAGCCACACAGCACAGCGACUGUUUGGGAGAUCCAUUGGCUGCCUACACACACAAACCUACACACACGCACACAGAUCCGAGCCUUGUAGCAGGUCACACUUAUCAGUCAAGAAAUCACUCCUGCUCUGAGCUGAUCCGACAGUCCCCACUCAGGGACGCGUCUGCAAGUUUACCUCUUUUCUAAUUCGCCCUAUUUACUGCAUGUUUUUGUGACAUUAUUUCUGUUGAUAACAUCCCCGUCCUCAUCCUCCUGUGCACCCAACUGAUGAAUGCAAAUGACGCCUAUGGAGUGCUGUCCAAAAUGGCCCCGUAGGCUCUCCAAGGAUUUGCCAAGGGAUUAGCAGGGAGAGCUAGUGUACUGUGGAGAAGUGUCUGUCUGUUUACAUCAGCAGUUUGCCAGCAGAGCCAUCAUCAACACUCAUAGGAAGAAAUGACCAAAGUUGGGGACAGUGUUGUUUUCGCCAACGCCCCUUUUUUUUUCACAAUGAAGACAUAAUGUUGACGAGCUAAACAUAAGUCUUAGACAAAUGUGACAAGACAAAUGUGCGUUUACAUCGACGAGACGAGACUAGACGAAAACGUUAGUGGUGGACGACGAAUAGAGUUGCAAAAUUCAUGAGCAUUUCGUCAGUCAAACGCUAAACAUAUAUUUUGCAGUGAUGUUUUCGUUGACGACAAAAAUAUUUCGUCAACGUCAACGAAAACAACACUAGUCGGGGAACAUUUGGGACUUGAGAAUAGGAAGCAAUAACGAAAGAUCGAAUGGUCCGAUGUGUUGCUUAACAUAAGUCUUAGACGACUAAAAUGUGACAAGAAGAAUGUGCGUUUGAAUGGACGAGACUAGACGAAAACGUUAGUGGUGGACGACGAACAGAGUUGCAAAGUUCAUGAGCAUUUCGUCAGUCAAAUGCUAAACAUACAUUCUUCAGUGUUGUUUUAGUUUACGAUGACAAUCAACGUCAUCGUCAACGAAAACAACACUGGUCAGAGAACAUUUGAGACUCCAGAAAAGGGAGGCGCAAACGAAAGAUGGAAAGGUCGGAUAUGUUGCGAUGUUUGUAGCGCACUUUUGUGUUGCCAGGCGUGAUCAUUUUUCAUGUAAAUGAGCUAAACAAAAGUCUUAGACGACCAAAAUGUGACAAGACGAAUGUGCGUUUACGUUGACGAGACUAGACGAAAAUGGUAGUGGUGGAUGACGAACAGAGUUGCAAAAUUCAUGAGCAUUUCGUCAGUCAAACACUAAACAUAUAUUCUGCAGUGAAUAUAACACUGGUCGGGGAACAUUUGGGACUUGAGAAAAGGAGGCAAUAACGAAAGAUGGAAAGGUCGGAUAUGUUGCGAUGUUUGUAGCGCACUUUUGUGUUGCCAGGCGUGAACAUUUUUCAUGAAAAUGUCAUCAAAAGGUGCAUGGAAGAGAAAAAAAAGUCUCUCUGAACGUCCCUCUUCAAAACAGCCUGUGAUGUUUUCUUCUCUGAUUGAACAGCUGCAACCUUUAAGACUUUUUUGGAGAACUUUGAUCCUCGUCUGCCUCCCCCCCCCAUAGCAGUGUUGCCUUUCAGCUCCAGGAAGCGCGCCGGCAUCCACCCGUAAAGGGCAACCGCACAGCGAGAGAUGAAGCCAUCGACGAGCCUGCGCCGCUUUUGUAACUCCACCAGAGAUGAUGGAGCCACAAAAAUUGGAUUUCACAUCUUAAGGGGAGCGCCUAUUGACAGCUGCAGCCUCACCCACAUGCUUCAUUGUCACAUCAACAGAAAUGUGAAAUGGCUAUGUCGAUCCAUUGAGUUACACAUCUGAGGAAUAUAAUUGGCUUUCCCAGUUACAGCUGUGUAUUCAGGCCUCUCUGUCUCCAUGAUGGACUUUCUGUCAAGCUAAACCGCCCCUACAAACCUAAUCAAACAGGUGCUUUCAUGCUGUAUGUCAUGAUUGUGUCCACCAUUUCCCCCUCUCUUGCUGCCUCAGCGAUUGUGCGAGGGCCAGACUAAAGCGAGCCCCACAGUCAUUAGUGCUCCUCAAAUGUUUUCUCACCUCCAGCUGAGGCGGCCCUGCGGGACUCCGGUGGCACCGCUGAGUGAGGGAGCGCUCUGCGAUUUGCUGAUUAACAUUAUCAGCCGUUGAUAACGUCUCAUUUUCCUUCAUUAAGGGGCUCCUCAGCUGCGUUUUCGCUGCCUCUGCGGCAUGUCACUGUUUGAUCUAAACAGCGUGUAGAAUAUCACGCUGCACGCUAAUUGGUGAAGAUGAGGCGUGCUGGCGGAGGGAAGGGACUGCCGGGUAAUUGCUGGCCUCGGCUGGAUCCAGCUGUAACGUCAAAGCUCUGACGACCCCCUCCUCUCCUCUUCCUGCGAGAAAGAAAAGUGACACAGAUCUUAGCAAGAACUUGAAAGAACUGAUGAGGAAGCAUUUACACGGAUAAAUAAUGCGGUGUUACAAAUCCUUGAGCACUUUUCCGGCACUUUUCAUGAUAUGUCAAGAAAGCAGUUUUUAACGCUCAUUGUACCUCAUAGAGGUGAGUUACUGCGUGGGUGUUGAGUUUCUAUUAAUAGAAACAACAUGUAAUCAGGACUGUAGGUGGAAAAGCAUCCGUAGCUUCGAGUAGAUUUCACAGCCAUCUGUUGGUGGUAAUCUGUUGACACUCGUCUCCAGCGUUCAAACACAUCGAGAUGAUUUCAUCUUAGGCAGAGCUGCUGCUCGAAAUGGCCCAAACAAGGAGUUGGAGCCAUUUCCUGAGUAUUUUCAACAAGACUGGAAAAUGGUGUUUCAUCUUUGCUUGAAAACAUCCAUUAGAUAUUGUGAAGUCUGAAUUGUUCUCAGUCCCAGACCCCUAAUUUUGUUCACAAUAGGAUGGAGGAAAAUUUCCAGUACACUUGGGUAUGACUAUUUGGUGUUUUGUCCAUUUGAACACACUGAAUUUUUGAUUAAUAGCUUCCAGGUAGAUGCAAACACCUUCAGGCAGCCUGCGCUAAAAGCAAAACUAUAAUGCAGGACAUUACAGAGACUGUGAUGAAUACAAAAGAUAAAAAAGUAAAGGAAGUUACUCAGAUUUUUAUGAUAAUUUUUCUUCCACUGUGAAAGUUUGGACUUAAUAAUGUAUCAAUGCUUUUAUUUCUAUUACACCUAUGUAGAAAUUUGCACCCUAUAGAGAGCAAAAACAGGCAGAGCAAAGUCUGCUUUCAUAACAUUAUGGCUUUCUUUUAUCGCAAUUUGACAACUCCAAAAGAAAGCUACAUGUACGUACUAGAAUGGCGUGUUAGAGCCACUUUAAAGAUUUUAGUUUUAGACAUUUAUUUUCUCUCAUAACUUUUCAAGAUUUAACUAUGACUUUGUUUUUGUAACAGCGUGACUUUGAUCUCGCUAAGCAACAUUACAACUUGAUUUUCUUACAUUUAUAUUCUUAUGAGAAAAUCUUUUUCCUUCGAGUUUCUUCUUUUGAAAAAAUCAAACUUUACUGUCAUGAGGAAACAUUAGGCAAUUUUGUGAAUCUGAAGUAAAAGUCAAAAAUUUUGAAAAUGUUUUUUGUUGAAUACCCUGUCUCUUGGAUAAUGAAAAAACAUUCAAAAUAAAAAAAUUCUAACUUAAUCGGAAAAUUCUGUUCGAUGCCGUGUCAGGAGAGCAAAUCAGUAUUUUAAUUUCCUGAUUGCAUAGAGAGCAUACAAGAUAACACAUUAAUUGCUAACUUUUAUCAUAUUAUGAUAAAACAGGAUCUCUUAACCUCAAAGAAGUUUAAUCUCCUUUCUUCUUAAAGAGAAAAAACUACCAACUUUUGUUAUUACUCAGAAAUAUCUCUAAAUCAUGACUUUAGUAUCGUUUCUAAUAGAUUAUAAAGCAAACUUUUCAUCUAUUUGUAAAACUAAAGUUUUAUAAAUUUGUAAAUUAUCCAUCAUAAAAGUUUCUAAUUGAGUUUUGAAUCUUAAAGUGGAUUUCACACUUUGUACUGAAGGAUAAUGCAGCCGUGAUCUAAUCUUUUCUCUCUUUCGGCGCAUGCUUUGUGAGGAAAGUAGAAAUCUAAUUCAUUAUUUGGUGUAUGAAUGUAUUAACCUGAUCUCGCUGAACUGCCGCUGAAUUUUUCUUGAACAAUAUGCAUGAGGACACAUAAUGGUUUUAUAAGGUGAUAAUGGAGGGGCUGUGGUUGGCAGGAGGCAUCUCAGGAACAUGAAAUUAGAUAGAGAUGAUUUUUUUUUUUUUUUUCUGGACAGGUUUUGUAAAUGCCUGAUUUUGGGUCUCCUCAAAGAGAUAUUUCAAAGAGCUGUCAGAGGUUUGACAUUAUUAGGUUGGCCUUAGCAUCAGUUCUCGAACUUGGUCCCAAUCACCUUAAAGCUGUCUAAAAAAAUGGUGCUACACCUAAACUGACAUCUGCGUAAUUGUGUUUUGUCACAGACUCAAUAAACAGCAUUAUACUGUAGAUCUUAGUUUACACACUAUAAUAAAAACCUAAAGAAAUGCAAAUCAAGCCUUUAACUAAAAAGUGUUUCUCAUGGGCUGCUGGUGUAUUGGCUGAAUAUAAACAUGGACGGCGUGCUUUCAUCUCCUCCCGCGGUCCAAAAAAAUGAAGCCAAAAUGUCACCAUGAAAGGUGCAAAUAUAUCGCCCUAGUGGUGUAUCUUGGAUCCAAGAUGAUUAAUUUCAAGAUGACCACGCAAUGAGACGUAUUUGACUUGACCCAUGUUUCAUUAGUUAAAAUGGAGGAGGUGGGCUUAAUCGCCUAUAUACAGCCAGUCACCAGACGGGGGCGCCAAAGGUUUUGGAUUCACAAUGUUUCAGAAGUAGAAAAGAAUGACAAAGCUGCUGUUUGUUUUAAAAGUACACAGGUAUAGCCAGUUAGCCUCUUGCUUACUUGUUUGUCCAUUGUAUUGGUAUGUGAAUAGGUCAACAGGGAAUCAGCCAAACAGUAAUAGCUGAAAAGGGGGCAUGUCGCCACCUAGUGUAGUGGAGGCAGACAUACUUUUGUGCUUACAUACUGGGAAAAGGUUUGUUUGUUCCGUCAAUAAGCACAAAUUUAUUCAUUGUGAUGUUUCGUUGUGCACACUUAUAACUCCCUGCCUCUGUUGGAUAUAAGCGCUGAUUCAAACAAAGUGUGAAUCAUCAGACCUACUGAAGCCGACAUAAACACAUAAAUAUGACUCAGCAAUAUGCGUGUGAGAGUGAACGGAGAACUUAGUAAUCAACAGCUGGUUUCUGUAAAAGCUAAAGUUGUAUUUCUGCCAAAGUUGGUGGUCUUGGCACUGAUAAGAUGAUCGCUUCUAUGCACUCCUCGGUGAAGAAGCAGGCUUUAGGAGGCAUGACUCGACCAGAGUAAUAUAUGCAUUAAAACUCCUGCAAAAGAAUCACAGGUUCACAAGCAUCGGGUUGCUAGAGUUGGGGUUCCAAGUACUGAUGUUUCCCAUGGCAACAGUGGAUUGAAAAUAGACUGAAUCUGUCCAGCAGGGGCAUAGCCAGAGGCUAAAAUAUGAGAUUAAAACACUUCCUCUUGGCGUUAUCUGGAUGUUGCUAGAAGUUUUUAGUGUCUCAAAGUGCAAAGGUGUUUAAGUGUCUCUGAGCUGAUCUAAGUCUGUGUUUUUUUACUGAACUGUGUCUGAAGUUGAGACUGUAAAAAAAGUCUUGUGUGACACUGCAUGGAGAGUUUAUAUUCAGCCAUUGAGUGAGCGCCUCUCAUAAUGCUCCCGUCCCUCAGCUGUAUCGCCAGUUAAAUUGGAAGCAGUGACAUUUCUAGGCCAGCGAUAUGGGUCAUUUGUAUUUGCUGCAAAGUCGCAACACCCAUUUGUGAGACAUCUGCCAUCGCUGGCAGACACGACCCAAACUGUCGGUCCACGGAAACAGUCACUUAAAGAGCGGGGGGGAAGCUGUGGCCUGCAGGAGACUCUCAGUGCCGUGUUUGUUUUUACUGUUUUGGUUUAUAGACUGUUUGUUCAUUCAUGGACUUUCAAGGAGCGGUGUGAGAGUCAGGACGAAAACAUCCUAUUGAAGGCUGAAGUGGGUUGGCAAACUUAAUAAUACCUGAAAUAGGCCAGUACAGAACUUGAUGGUAUAAUUGUAACAUUUACACGGUUCUUAUUUUUACUAGAGUCAGAGUCAGUCAGUAAUUUUUUCAAUUAGAUGUUUAAGUGUUUUGUUUUUUCAUUGACAUAAUAUUAUAAGAAAUGUCAGAUACAAGAGAUGAGUCCCGGGUGGAAGCGAGAAGACUGACUCAACAGCAGACUGACUGUUUUUCAGUUCUGAUUAGACACUAGUGUUGAGGUGUCUGUCUGUCAUGAUAGCAUGUACUGAGUUGGAGCCAGUACCAGAUAAGCACAUUAAACUAUAAUCCAUAAACGUAAGGUAACAACCGAGACCUGAUGGUGCUGUGACAGCAACGCGAUUGAGUUUGAGACAGAGAAAUACAUAUGGUAUGUUGUAUCUGAACAGGUUAGCUUAUGAGCUAAAGUUACUUAGCACAGAUGAAAGUUAAAACAAAGACGUUUAGCAAACUGUUAAAGCACACAAACCAUUGUGUAUGAGAAAUCCGACACUGUGACUCUCCACAAGUUGUCCUUCAGGUCGUUAUAUUUGUAAUAUUUGUGUCUUUUAUCAAAAAGCACUCUGUUCUCCAACACUUAAACAAUCAGCCGGUCGGCCAUGUUGGAUAUACGGGUGAAUCUGACGUCGCAACAACACGCAAUCUGAUUGGUCAGAAGUGGACAGUGGAAGUGGAAAAUUAGAUCGUGAGCCGAAAAAAUAAAUGGCGCAAUAUCGCAGGACAGGAAAACGUUGCUGAUGUGAACGCUUAUAUUGACAGAAUACGGGUUCGAAAAAAAAUAUUGACGUCCGAAAUAAUCGCACGAAAAAAUGGUCCCAGUGUGUAAGGACCUUAAGAAUGUUGUGUGCAAGAUAGUCACUUGCUCCCAUAUGAACAAAGUUUGUGCACACAAGUCUGUAGGUUUUUCCAUCAAGAUUAUAAACCCUGGUAACUCAGGCAUCAUGGAUAGAAAUACUCAUAUUUUAGCCUUAAGUUUCCAGCUGCCAAGAAGACUAACAGAACUUGUGAUACCACAUCUCGUAGUUCUAAAAACUGAAGAUGCUUUUAAUAGACUUAAAGAUGGAAAAAUAAGUAACUGAGAACGCAGGUGCUUCUUUGAAUUCCCACACAGCCUGGAGGGUGCUCGCUUCUACUACCAGGCUUUUACCAGCUGAUAAACCACACUCUACUUAACGCACAAUGUUGCACAUCUUUACACCGCCAGAUACAGAGUCUGCAGUUUUCUAAUCAAUAAAAUUCAUCAGCUGCUGAGGUUUUGUAAGAGAUUUCGAUUUAUUGCAACAAUAACAACAAUAAUCAGCAUCAGCAGCUGAGAUUCAGACUCCCUCUAUCAGCAAGUUUCUGCAGCUGUAUCUGCACCGAGAGAGAGAGAGAGAGAGAGAGAGAGAGAGAGAGAGAGAGAGCAUGAGACCUAGUUUCAGCCUCGGUCAAGUAAUUGAGUUCUUCUUGGAAAAAUGUCUUUAGUUUGCUCUGGCUGGGUUAAUGAUAGCCUGUCAGGAAAACAUACAAGCUAAUGAUAUAUGCCAUCAGUGUCAUAUGCUAAUGACAUGCUGAGUGUGAUUAAAGCAUGCAGAUCAGGGAUUCUGACUUGAGUUAUGCAUCUGUUACGCUCCUGAGUGAUCUCUGGGGAAAGCUGUGCACAGGUGCGUGUAUUAAAGAUGUUUAUCGUGCAAUUAAAGUGAGGAUAAACUAUUAAUUACGGUGGCCGAGAACUGCCACUGCUGCAAAUAAAAAAAGAAUGCAAAAAAAACCAGUCACAACGGAAGUUACCAAUGCAAAAAAAAAAAAAAAGAAAUUGAAGCCUGCUGCAAAUAAAAAAAAGGAAUAGUGCAGACUUUUAAAAAAAAAGCCACAACAGAAGUUAAAGAUGCAAAAAAAAAGUGACGAUGGAAAAAAAAAAGUUACUGCGAAAAUAAAAGGAUGUAAAUAAAAAAAAGCCACAACAGAAGUGAGCUGCUGGGGACCAAUAAUGAUAAUGCACCGUUUGUUGUUGUUUUGUUGUUGUUUUGUUGUUGUUUCUGUUCAUCGGUAACUUCUGUUGUGGCUUCUUUGUUUUGCGUUCUUUUUUUUUAUUUGCAGCGGGAUUUGGUUUUUCUUUUUUUUUUUGCAGUGCAUCAUCAUUAUUGGUCCCCAGCAGCUCACUUCUGUUGUGGCUUUUUUUAUUUGCAUCCUUUUAUUUUCCCUGUAAGUAACUUUUUGUUUUGUUUUGUUUUUUUUGCAUCACCACUUUUUUUUGUGUGUGUUUCUUUUUUUCUGCACCAUUUUAUUAUUUAUUUUUUUUUUUUUUGCAUCAGUAUUUUUUUUUCACCAUUUCUUUUUUUAUUCGCAGCGGGCUCCAGUUUCUUUUCAUUUUUUUGCAUUGGUAACUUCUGUUGUGGCUUCUUUUUUUGCGUUCUUUUUUUUAUUUGCAGCAGGCUUUGGUUUUCUUUUUUUGCAUCGAUAACUUCUGUUGUUUUUUUUUGCGUCGGUAAGUUCUGUUGUGAUGUUUUUUUAUCCGCACUACUUUUUUUUAAUUUGCAGCAGGCAAGUUUCUUUUCUUUUUUUUUGCAUCGGUCACUUUUUUUUUUUGCAUUCUUUUUCAUUUGCAGCAGUGGCGGCUGUGUUCUCGGCCACCGUAAUUAGUUGCCAUUUGACUGUAUGAGCAACUUUAGGAAUGAAACGUGCUGCUGCACAUUUUAUCUUGCUUUGCACAAGUUUUAUCUAUGCAACAGAAGCUGAUGGCAGGCCUCCACAGCGUGAAUUCAACAGCAGCUAACCGAGCAGCUCAGUGAUGGGGAGUCUCACUCUGUCAGCCCACAGUCACGAUCGGCUGGAGAACAGCCACCGCUCGCCUUCGCCUGGAAGAACCCGCCUGACAGACAUCAUCCUCUCUGAUCUCAGAUCAUAGCUCGCGUGUAGCAGCUCUCUUCAGAGGCUGCACACUAAGAAACUCUGGCACAUCCUUUUGUCGCAUAAUCUGCCUCUUUUCUUUUAUUCAAAGUGAAAACCAGCUGCUGGUGUGAAAAGUCACACAUGAUACUUGUGCUGUACACAGCACCUUUAUUUAGGUCUGCUUCUGCCUCCCUGUAGCAUCACUUUCAUAUCUCGUGCUUAAUAUAGCUCUAUAAAGGCUGCUUAGCGCUCGUGGUGUGUGAAAUAUUGAUGGGCAGAAACAUUAUAAAGAUCUCAGCCAGAGGGGAGCGGUAAACAGGUCGGCCUGCGGGAAGCUGUCACUCACUGCGACUCUGUGUGUGUGAACACUGGGAUCCAGUAUGACAGAAUGUCAACAAGCAAUUAGCACUGCCAACAAAGCUGUGACAUGUUAUUUAAUCCAUACAAAUUAAUUCUCAGUGUGUGUAAGCAGGAAAGUCAAGGACCUUGUUUCCCAGGACUGUAAAUCACAUUCACUAUUGUAGUUUAUUAAAGCGUUUGGACGUAGACUUUCAAAGUCUGGUGAAAGUCAUAUAUUUCAGAUAUUCUGGGACUAUUAUUCCCUCAGCUGAUAGCUACCUGUCAAAGCUGAAUUUUGAGUAAUGUCCUCCCUCCUCUUCAUCAGAGGAAACACCAAAUUUAGCAUCUUUUUUCUCCCUUUCCGAGUGGACACUUGGUAUCUUUUUUUGAACAAAAUAAAUUCAACCAAAUAACCUUGUCUUGUACAAACACAGCAUGAUGAAUGGCUCUGCCACUUGUUCAAUUUCUGGGAAUAUGUAGGGCCGGGGCGCGCAGAUAUGUCUUUGUAGGAGUUGCAAACAACAAAAACAGUCUUUCUCUCAGAGUAAAAGCACAUCAUAGUGUGUUAUAGAUAGAAAUAUCCUCUUCUCACUCCUCUUGAUUAACAUGUUUGGCUGUAGUAACACAUUCCUGCAGUGCUCCCACCUUUUAUGCCUCUCAUAACGGCACCACCCUUCAGAGGAAAGUAGAGUAAAACAGCUUUACCUCGGCUAAGUGUCAUUUCUAGGGCGUAAAAGCUGAUAAAAUGUGACUUUCCCUGUGAUGUGUGUGUCGUAGGCGAACAUUAAAGCACAUGUGUAUGUUUGUUUGUUUUUCAGAUUACCCAGGAGCAGUUUAUCCUCGCGUCGCAGUCCCUGCACCUCCAGCGGCCCGGCUGUGGCGCCGUGUACCCGGUGGGUCUGUACGGCUGGAGGAAACGAGGCCUCUACUUCUUCCUGCUGCUGCUGCUGGUCACUAUGAUCGUGAACCUGGCUCUCACUGUGUGGAUCAUAAAAGUCAUGAAUUUCUCAGUGGUGAGUUCAGCCUGCAUCCUAUCAGACAUUUUCAUAAUGGUACGCAACAGUGUGAAAAAGCAGCAGUUUGUUGUGUGCAACAAUCUGUAUCCGGUUUAUGAAAGAUUUGCAGUUUUUCUUGGAAGCAAAUCCAAAGUUUUGCGGCUAAACAAGUUCUCAUUAAAUCAGAAGAGAUGCUUAAGUUUUUAUUUUCUCAUAUGUUUCCAUGUUUUUGAAAACAAGAUUGUUUUUUCAAGGCUAAAAAAACCCAAAAUGUUGAGUUCUCAUCCGGCACACAGGGCUCAGACUCAUUCUUGUUUCAAAUAAGAACUUUUUUUAUGUCCCUCUCAAGCUUUCUGCCAAAGGAAAGUCAUUAAUAUGCAAAAUUAAAUAAGCCUCUGCUGGCGGUUUCAUGGGGGGGUACGAAUAAUGGUUUUCAUUGUUGCUUAAUUCACCGUAAACUUUCAGUAAUUUGAUUAACUCUUCUGUAAAUGAAACCCCUAAAAACGGGAAACGUGCAUCUUAUUUCCCAGACCUCAAGGUGAUGUCUUCAGAUUGCUUUGACUUUUGCUCUGAUUUUUUUAUUUCAUAUGAGGAAAAAAAAGCACCAAAUGAAUAUAAAAGAACAAAUUUGGUGAAGAAAAAAGUUAGAGUUUGCUUGGAUGAAGGAGGAAAAGCUCCAAAAACUAAAACAGAAACCCACAGUUUAAUUCACAACUGGAGUAAACACAGGAAAGUUUGCUGUAAAGCCACAAUAAGAAGGUCCAAUAUUUUGAAUAAAGGAAUAAAAUACAAUAAAACUUCAGUAAAACAUCCUUGGCUUCUGAGAAAUAAAACAAUGACAUGGUUACAAACAAGACGAGAGAUAAAGCGAACGCUUGUAGUCCUUGGCUUAAUGACAGUGAAUGUUUCAUCAAUGAAAAAACUGCAUUUAUGAAGUUUUUUAUAAAGAGUUUUCUUUCUUGGCUCAUGAAAAAUACCACUAAAAAGCGUGAUAUAGCCACAUAAAUCAAAGCUCCUCUUUUUCGGUUCGUGUUGAGUUUGACGUCCCUCUUGGACAAAGCAGUUUUCACUUGGAAAUCUUUCCUUACCCACAGGUAUCGUUAAUUUUUUAACAAAACUCUCAUCCUGAUGCCUUUUAAAUGACUAAUCUCUCCUCCUCUUGAGAAUCUAGCCGGUGAAAAAUGUAAAAGCAUUCUUUUUUUUUUUUUUUUUUUUGGCAGCAUGCGAUUCAUUACCUGGUUUGACACCUUCCCCACAGCAGUGGUUCCAGGCUCUGAAAAAUAAGCUUUUUAGACGAAGUGUUCUUGCUGAUGGUCCUGUUUGCUUUUGUUGUUCAUAAAGAGACAAAAAACUCCUCACAGGAACUCCUCAAUUUGGAAAAUUUACUUUUAUUCAGUAGAUUUAAUAGUUUAAAAUCACUGGACUGGUUAAGAGGAGAGAACUAAUCGUCUUGUAGUUAAAAUAAGUGGUAGAGAGCAGAAACACAAUGAUUAAUAUAAUAAGUUUACAGAAGCUAUUGCAGCAUUUCGCCUCAAUCCACAGCUGUCUUUAAAUAUUAACUAGUUCGCUUCUUUAAAUGCUUCAAAGAUCAGCUUGUAUUAAUGCUCCUGUACUGUAGUCAGUGAUUUUUCUCCGUUUCUGUCCCUCUCUGACCUGAAAAGAAAGCCUCAGUGGAAGAAAGUGAAACCUGUCACAAGCGUCCCCCUGUCAUGCUGUCCGCUUUGUUGCAUCUGGAUUUGAUAACCAAUCAUGAGAGACUUUGAAGCAGCAUGUCUGACGCAGGAUGUGUUAAUCUUUAAAAGAAAUACACAAACAGGCGGCGGCUGCGAGCUCCUCUGACAUUUCCAGGGACAAUGCACACAAUUUAGCAUUUUGUCAACAAACUCGGUAUGGCAGCACCCCCCCGUCCCCUCCUCCUUCUGUGACGAAUGCGUCCCCGGAUCCCUGCUAUCACUCCUCCACUCCUCUGCCUCCCAUCAAUCUGUGUCACGAGCAAAAGACCUUAUCAGUGCCGUUGGUGUCGCUCCAGAAAAUGUACUUCCCUGCUCUCCAUCUCGGCGGCAGCUAAAUAAGAAAACACAUGCCAAACUGCACCCUGUUGUAUUGGUGUCAUUAUCAUUUUGGUGGGGGCCACUGGCACAAGAGCAUUGUUUCCUGGUCAAGCUCCAAAAAGGCUUGAUCCUACAUUUCCCAUCUUGCAUUUAAUCUUAUUAUUACACUCUCCCUGCCAUGUAAAUUGCCUCAUUCUUGGCGCAUGGUUCAAAUAAUCAUAAUUAUGAGCAACAGAGGGGGGAAAAAGUUGACGUUUGUUUCGUCCUUGUGAAUCAGAGUCGACUCCACCAUCCUCCUACUCGGUGGAAAGAACCAAAGACACGUUUACAGACCGCUGGUUUAAAGACUGCUUACACACCUCCAAACGCAGCAACAUUUUAAGGAACUACGCUGACACUAAAACAGUUGAUUUAGUAAAAUGACUUAUUUUGAUUGAGUUGGAUAGGAGCUGCUAAAAAGGAGUACUUACUAGAUUACUUGGCAUACAAUUUGGGCACAAAGUUUCCAAGUUUGACAGCUUUUCAGCCUUAUUUACAUUUUCAUUUUCAAAAACACAAACAAGGAAAGUCAAAGAGUAGACGUUUGAUGGAUGGGUAAGGUAACCUGAGAUAUUUAGGAUCUACCAAAUAAUCUACGUUAACGUCAAACACAGGAGUUAGCAGUUCAGCUACGUGACGUCAAGCUAACCGCACAGUGUUGUGAGCGGGAUAUUGGGUGAGACAGCUUGGGCUGAAUGAAAACCGAGAGGGAGACACACCAGCAGCAGAGCCAGUGUAGCGCACUUUUCAAUUAGUUGAUUUUAUCAGGGAUCAGUAAAUUAAAACGCCAAUACAGAUAAUCGGCCAAAUGCCGUAUAUUGGGCCUGAUAAUCGGCCAAGGCAGAUAAUUGGUUCACCACUACAGCAGAUGGGCCGGUUCAAGGGGAAUGAACUCUCUCGCAAGGCCUCCUAGAAAAAGAAAAAUCAGCUUGUGGUUUAUUGAUCUAGACGAACACAGUCUGUAUCAUUUCAAGUUUUUCCUUUAACAAGAAAUGAUUAAGUGAUGUAUAAAACAGGAUCUGCGCCAAUGUCAACUGCAACAAAGGGAAACUGUAAAGCGUAACUGUGACUGGGAGGAUUCACGUCAUUCAAACAAACUUUUGUCUGCGCGUUAAAGACAGCAGGACCUUGGGUGAUGUCUUUGACUUUGCUCUUUUCUUUACAACCUCACAGAGCCAAAUCUUUCUGUUGUCAUUUUUCCAUCUCUGAAUCAUUGCCCGUGUCUCCUCCGUCUCUCUCUUUCACUCUUGCCGGGGAGCUCAUCCAGGAACCUCAGCCUGUCACGACUGAUCUGUCGUCACGCCCUCCUGUUUGUCCUGCCUCGCACCCAAACGUCAGGGUGACUGUAGCUCGUACAGACCCUUCACUCCCACCACAUCACCUCUGCUUCAGCACUGGAGUGACUUUAACGUCUGGCUGCUGACACACAAAGAGCUUCACACAUCCCCACCCACCUCCUCUGACUUUGUCCUCCUGUCUGUCCUCAGUCUGUAUGAUGGAGCUCUCCUCUCUGUACUUUGCCUCUAUAAUUCACUAUCUCUAUCCGACACAUCCGUCACAACCAAUCUGUUCACACACAGCCUCUGAAAAGCUGCUCCCAGACUUCACUUUACUUAUUGAGGUGUGCUACGGCAUAACCUUUUUUCAGUUUCUGCUGAAUUAUCUCCUUAAAUCCGGUCCUGAGUAAAAGAAAUGUGAGGUAGGAAAUGGUAGUCGAACGAGGGUGCCAAUCCCCUGAAGUGUACGCUGCUUUGCUGCCAAGUUUGUUGCACCUAUAACCUGGCUCGCUAAAAUAGAGCAUAGUUUUUCAAAUGUCAUCCACAACAGCUGUGUUUUGCUUUAUUUAAAAGGUUAAAAUGUCAGACGCCAGCACUGCACAUGAGCAAAGUUGCAGAUUGCGAGGUUAAUGUGUGUCGAAGAAAUCCCCGAAUGAGACUACAGGGGGCGCUUAAACGCUUGUUCACAAAGUCACACGAGAAUUUAGCGAGAUCAACAGGAGAUUUGCUCAAUUCGUGACAUCACCUUAAAAGGGCAAAUUUUCUAAAAAUUGUUGUUGCAUGGCAGUGGUGAAGGAGGCUUCUAGAAUGCUGGGUUCUGGAAUGCUGGUGGGGCCUUAAAGAGACAGGGCUGAAAUAUGUUAAUGUUGCAUUCGAGUUAUCUCGGACGUCGGAAAAAAGCAAAAUCAAGGACAAGGCAAGCGCUAAAAUAACUUUCUUAGAUGUAGCCAUCUUGUUUCCGCCUCCGAUUUUGCUUUUUCCGACUUGGUAACUGAAACGCUGGUAACUCUGGUGCAACAUUAUUCCCAGCUCGGACAUCUGACUUCCGAGGUAACUUAAACGAAGCAUAAGACUCUGUUGACCCAUAAACCAUGUAAAGCUGCUAAAAAAGCGAAAGAGGGUCAAACACAAAAACAAGCAUAAAACAGCCUCUUUUAAGCUCCUGUGAGGAUUUUUCGCUGGUUAUGAAAAUGACUAGAAUUAAUAUAAAUGCCUCUCUAUGUCCAAGAAAAGCUAACCUUCACUUCAGCAACAAAAUAAUGACAUCUAUACACUAACUGUCAAUGCCUAUAAGUAAGUGAUACUUUUAACAGUUAAAAUAAAGCAAGGAUAACAAUAAAAAAACCACAUUUACCAGGGUGACCAUAUUCUGACUUCCCAAAAAGAGGACACGACUACGCAGGGGCGGAGUCACAAGGCUUCUAACUCAGUAAGUCCAUGUGACACAAACUCGAAACUUACAUACGAAACACCAGAUAUUUUAAGGAUUUAUUAAACCUCCCCGGACAAGGCCGGACAAACCUGGACAGUCCCCCAAAAAAGAGGACAUGUCCGCGUAAAAGAGGACAUGUAGUCACCCUACAUUUACAAGACAAAAUCAUCAAAGAGAAAAGAGGUACUGCUUUGUCCACAGGGGGCGCCAAAAACAACACAAACUCAACGUCACUCAGAGGGAACUUUAAAAUUGCAGUUUAUAAUGCCUUGCUCUCGAAGUUCAGACUUGAUUGCUCUACUGUCUAGGCAGUCAGUUAGAUAAAUGCUCAUUCAGUAUGACGUUAAAUAAACCGUAAAGUUAUGGACUACUGUACCGUGAACAUAAGUCUGCCCAACUCCUGUCAAAGCUGCACUGUAAUUACGAGGUCAUUUACAGCGGCUUUUCAAAUCAAUGCUCAACUUUAAUGAAAGUCAUCACAGACUUGACGCUUAUGCUGAAAGAUAAGGUUACGGAGACAAGUUUUAAGUGACCAUUAAUUGAUUUUUGUACCUCCGAGAAAUGAAAAUCAAUAUCUGUCUGGACCGGCAGUGACAAUACAUCAAAAACUCCUGCUUGUGUUUUGUAACAGUCAGCAAAUUUUGAUGUACACAAUGUUUUAACAAUGCAUGAUGUGUUAUUUAACUUUCAACGCAUGAGUUCAGAGUUUUUAAGCACGGCUGAAGCUGGGUAAAACGGCACGAUAAUCAAUAAAACAGUGUCAUCAUCAGUGCCAUAAAAACUCUUCAACCAUACUGUCUCCAGCCAUCAACAUUCAUCUCACAGCUGUCACAUUAGCUGUCCUCUCCUCAAUCUGCCUCCCACCCCUGCACGCCACCCGUCACCCGACACCUCCGGAGAGUCUGCGCCAUUGUCACCUCGAUGUCAUGUCCUACUUUUUCACUGUCACUCAGCUCCGCCACCCGUCCACCGACCCUCCUAAUGCUCCCGCUAAUGCAGUUCAGUGACAGCGGGGUUCAAUUUUUUAUGCGUCCAAAAGCGAUAAUCCUUUGAGUCAAACCCGUGGGUAUCAGCAGCGCUUCUGAUUGUGUUUUCAGGACGGGAUGGGGAACCUGCAGCUGAACCAUGACGGGAUUCGCCUGGAGGGGAUCUCCGAGUUUGUCCUUCCUCUGUACGUGAGCGAGAUUCAGUCGAGAAAGGUAAGUUGCUCCCUUUGCUUUUCUUUCAACUCGCCUGUUGAUCGAUACUCUGAUGAACUCAGGGCAACAACAAUCGACUGAAGAUUCCUCCAAAGCCGCAGACAAGCCGCUAUUGAUCUGCGGAAGUUAUGAUCAAUUCAUUAAGAACAAAGGACAACUUUCCCCUGAACUCUGACUUGAUGAUACUUUGAUGUUAACUUACAUUGUGCUCAAAUAGACACUCUUUCCCUCCUGUCCCUCCACCUCAUUUCCUGCCAGCCUCCAACAGCGCACUAUCAGGGCCUCCCAUCGGCCGGAGAUGGGUAAUAGGCUGCCUCUAGCCUCCUCUCGAGCCACAUACAAGUCUACAGGAGAUUACAGGCGAUUACAGAGGGGACCACAGUCCACCCUCUCAGAUUUCCAAUCAAGCCCACGCGAUAAAUUCCCCUCUCCCACUUCCACCCUUCCUCCCCUUCUCACUCUCCUCUUUGAUGUUUAGUAGAUUAACCAACACAGCUCCAGCGCAAAGUUGAUCCAAAUUUCCCCCUCUCCCACACGACACGCAGACGCCUGGUUGGAUCAUCCCCUUUUUCAGUGAUUAGGCAUGGUGCGGGGAAGCAAUUUCAAGCACUGGAAGCCGGGUUCCCAUGUAAAUUUGAUUUUUGAGGGACACCGACAGAGGAAGUGGCGGGCACAAUUUGCCACAGUGGAUCGUGAAACAACUCAGAAUAGCCCUCUCUCCGUCUUUGAUGUCGGGGUCCGAGCUAAAUGGUAAUUUAAAUUGAACAGCUGUGUGCUUAGCAAUAGAAAAAAAAAAACACCCCAAGGCAAUUGCCGAACACUGGACAAAGCCAAUAUUUCAUUCCUCUGGUGCAAUACCACCUGCAGACAUUUUUAUUGUCUUGUUUUACAGACAUGCUGUGCACCGGCCCUCUUAUCUACCAGCACCAGAGAUAUUUGCAGGACAAAAAUCUCUGCAGGUCACUCGAUAUUUCUCACCUGAAGAAAUAUGUCAAGAAGCGCAAGAGCAAGGGGGAUUAUGGUUAUCCAAUGAGUUUACAGCACAGCGCACAGUGCUGUUCUUCAGUCAGAUAACCACCAUUGAUCAAUAAGCCAUUACCACAAACAGCAGUGACCUCAGCAGAGCACUACAGGAACCUCAAAGUUAAAUAUAGCAUGAUUUCUUUCUUUUAUAUGUUCACCAAGUCCUCGCCGCCGUCAGGACGGGACUCGCAGUGGCUUUAGUUUCACUUUCCCCCGGAUCAAUCAGCGCUUUGAAUCCUCAUCAAUGACUGAAGCCGUAAUCCAUGAAUACCAAGUGGAAAUAGCUCCCGCAGUGUUUUUUUGGCAGGAGCUGUUGUAGUUGGCAGUAAAUUACAGUCAAAGUAGCCCCUUAAAUCAGGACUCUCGGGAGCGUGUUGCGAGCGGGUUGAUAAGUUUGUAAAUACAGUUUAUACUUAUCAAGGUUCCUGCCAAGAUGAAAGAAGACACAGAAUUAGUUGGUAGAAUUUGUGAACACUUGACAGGUCAAAGUACAAAUAUGUGGAUUUUUUUUUCAACUUUUUCUCAAUUGCCGUCCUUGUGCGUUUACUUUUAUGUUUUCCAAUUUGCUUUUACAUCUUUUAAGUGUUAGAUAUUGUUCCCAACUGACGACAAAAAGAGCCGAAUGUUGGUAAAUGUUGCUUGAUGUUUUUAUAUUCCUUUAUUCCACACAACAGUCUUGCCCCCCAUUGGCUUUCAUGGACAUAUGAUGUAAUUUUCGGGAACAACAGCUUAUUUUAGGGGCUGUCAGUGUAGCACAAUAUCGUCCCGUCCUGACGAUCAUAUUUUAUGGUCGUGGCGAGCCAAAAUCGUAAACCAAACUUCAAUGAUUAAUCGCCCGGCUCUGAGUUAAUGGCAGCACAAGAUCCUUGGAGACGUCCUGUUCAAAAGCGAGUCACAGCCAUGACCGAAAAGUUCUGGGAAUCACCAAGAACUUGUACAUUUCUAGGAAUUUAAAAGAGUUGCUUGUUUACAUCCGACUGCCUUGAAAAGCACUCAGUCUUUCAUGUCAAAGGAAGAGGAUGAUCGAUGUCUUGGUGCGUUCUAGAGAUGCACCGAUCUGAAAUUAGGAUUGGAUAUCGGCUCAGAUAUUGACAACUUAACUGGAUCGGAUAUCUAAUGAAUGACGCUAAUCCAGCGUUCCGAUCCACUUUUUUUUCUUUUAUUUAAUAACAUACACAGCAACACAGCGAUUCUGUUCACUCUAUAUUCUAUGUGUGUCUAUCCUUUUGCACUAAAUGUUAACAUGGAAGUCUCAAUUCUUUUUGCUGUGUGCUAACGUGCAAUUCGUUAUUUGUCAAUAAAUAAUAUUAAGUAAAUUUAUAUCUGUUAAUUUGUGACCUUUUUUUUAACAUGGCUAAUAUCAAGCCUGAUGUCUUCACUCACAGGGCAAGGUAUACAGUUCAUUCAUUCAACAGCAGUAUUGGAUCGGUAUCGGAUAUCGGCCGAUACGCUCAGCCCAGGUAUCGUUAUCAGAUUGGAUCGGUGCGUCUCUAGUGCGUUCUCACAUCAGUUUACCCCAAAUUCUUGAGGAAAUCUUCCCAGAGGGCUAAGUAGAGGUUGAUGUAAUGUUACAUUAAUUUGUGCUGCUGACUUUCUGAGUCUAAUAUUGUAAAAACACAACAAACGUUCUCCCUGAAAUGAUGAUUUGAUUGUUCCCAUCAGUAAAAGAGGAAAUACUGAUCUGCUGUCCGUGUUUGAAUUUGUUGGGAUUUUCAUGCUGGUGUUUGUUGAGACUAUCAUGAGUUAAAGAGACUAUUCACUCUGGGUUGUAUAAUUACAUAAAGUGGCAAAGGGCAGGCUGCAGUGCUUUAAUGUUGAUGCUUCACAUUUCGUACCCGCUGUGUGUAAACCCGGACGGUCGCAGCUGCCUCUCCAAAACGUCUGAUUCUGCAUCACUUUUCCUCUGACAGGUGAAACCUCGAGUGCAGCGAUGAUUUCAAACACUUUAAAAUCUGAGUGCCAUUGUUGCUCUCACAUCAGAAAUUAUGGGCAUUCAUUGUGCUGCUCAUGCUUGAAAGUUCAAGUGUAAAAGAGACACACAGUAGUGUGAUCGGUUUAAUACGUGUUACUGAUGCAGGCCUCUCUCUGCAGCAAAGCUGUGCCGAGCUGUCCGUCAAACCUGACAGGAGGAUAGAUUGAUAGAACUUUCUGUGUAUUAUUUCUCCUCAGCCCUCAGGCUUCCCAGGCGCAGGCCUGCCUAUCUGUGAAUCCAUCUCUGUGCCUGUCAGCUUACACAGGAGGCAGAGCAUCCGCACACCUACAUUUUUAUACAGAAAAGGGGGUGACCUUAAUAUCAAAUGUUAAAAAUCCACUUCACACUGGAAAUUUCAAGCAUAUGAUGCCUCAUAACACCUCCACCUCCACCUGUUCAAGCCACGAUAGUGCUGUUAUUUCAGGAAUGUGAAAUUAGUCUGACACUUGAAAAGAAGCUCAUUGGAAAGCAGCAAGAAACGGUGUUAUUUUAGGCUUAACAUUAUGAAAGCACCUCUGGCAGGUAACAUUGCAAAUGUUUGUGAAACCAAGUGUUUCAGCAGACAUAUAUAUUUUCCAUCCCUUUCACUUUCCUCAUACCAGAACUUCAAACGGAGCAGAUCAAAUUAAACCUGUUCAAAGACAAAUAGGUAGUCUGGGAGUCUGUAGCAAGACUGCUGAACAUUUUGGGUCAUUGCUGAUUUGUCUACACGUGAAAGUGCUUUUUAGCUUCUCAUCCUUUUUUGAAACAGACGACCAAUCAAGAAUCUUUCAUGUGGAAAAUGUAAAAGAAAGGUUUGUUAAAGGUGGGGAAGGAAGGAUCUGAGGAAGUGCCAGUUUUUGGGAGAAAUCUUGAAUGUAAACACUACCCUUCCCAACCAGUUUUCCCCUCAGCUCCUCCUCCCCCCUCCGUCUCUGCUCCAACAUGCCCCGCCCACAAACAGACGCUCCUGCUUCCUCGUAUCGUUCCAAUCAAAUUCAGAUAUAAUGCAGAUAAAUACUUAAUAUGAUUACAAAUGGGGCCCAGUCAACGAGAAAGUAAAAAGCAUUGGUGCUACUGUAGAUGCCAACAGACUACCAGCAAACACAAUGUUUGCAGGACUUCUACAACUAGGAUAAAGUGACAUAGUCCAGGACCCGAGGUCAACAGUUUAGCGGCGCUACAACAUGUAGCAGGUCCCAUUUGACAAGAGACACUUAUUGUCAAACAGGAGCUACGGUUUACCUGUCCAGCAGAAAGGUUACAGGGUCUGUAAGAUGAUGUUGACCCAGCUUUUUAGUUCUUGUCUGGUCUACCUCAAUUUUAAGUGCCUGUUAUUCCGCCAGUCUCCGAUAUUUACUCUGUUUUCUUGCUUGUGUUGGCAGUCGUGGCUAAAGGAGGAUUCAUUCAAUUUUCCGUACUUUUCUGGUUGGUUUCUACUGUCCGAUAUUGUUGCACGCUAACUUUGUUUGGGCUUCUAAACGACACGGAGAGCAGUGUCCGCCUCACAACCAAUCAGACUGGGGGAGGUGGAGAAUGGCUUUGUUUACAGUUAGAAAGAGCGGGCCGCUCAAAAACCUUAAAAUGUAGACUACACAGACAUAACAAAACACAGCGAUAUUGUUAAAUUACCAAAUGUCAUCAAUGACUAAUAGCUAUUGGCUGAUAUUUAAAGCUUUUUUGUAUAUCUACCCCCCGAAAAUGAUGCUUCUUUAACGGAUUCCUGCCUACCCCACCUUUAAUAGGCUGUGUUUGUUAAUUAUGUCAACAUGCUGCAGCAGCUUCAAACAUUAAAAACAUUAAUUAUAGAAAUCAAGUCUUCUUACUUAAUGCUCUGUUUGUUUUGUUAGUCACGAGGAGGCAUCGCUAUUAAUUUCAGUCUGUUUCACAACCAGGUGUAAAAACCUUUCACUGAAGCUUUAAUGACAACAACAAAUUAGAUUCCAUGAGCAUCGGACAGUGUUUUUUUAUCUUUAGCAGAGUCCAUUUAAAUGGUGUUUUUCCUAUUUUGUAAAAUGAUCCUUAUUUUCAAUGCGCACAGAGACACAAGUGCUUUAUUCAUGAGAAGAUCUACAGGAGCUGGUUUCACUGAUUAGUCCUCUGCUUGAACUGGUUCUGAGAAGAACAAAACAUCAGCCAGCGUGUUUAGCCCGCAGUCCUGGCCUGUGAUUUGACAGCACGGGGGUUAAAAGCCCACUGAUGCAAACAAGAGGAGGACUUAAAAGGCGUCAGAAGACAAGUCUUUGAUUUCUGCUGAAGUAGGUCUCUAUUUAUACAUAAAGGUGACUGGACUCCUCUUCACAGCACUACAGGGUUUAACUUUACAGGGAAGAUUUGUUGCUUCAUUAAAAGAAAAACAUCUUCUUUAGUUUAAAAAAAAAAACAAACGCUUAGCCGAAUUGGUUUGAAUAAGCAUUUUUCUUACUUAAAUGUUCGACGGCGCUUCUGGCAAAGCAGGUUUGGCCCCCCCUGUGAUAAUCUUACAAAUGUUUUUUAUAUGGUUCACUUUGUAAUCAAGUUGAAAUGCGUCUUUUCUUUCAAUUAAACUCAGUCUGAUGCACAUCGCUGUAGGAGACAACACAGUGCCCAGAUAGUUUUUAUUUUGAUCAAAUCUCGGCUGUUCAGACUCCUGGCUCUCCUUUUUGUCCCCAAAGACCCUGACUGAUCUAUAAAUAGCAUCAGAUGCAGGUGUAUCUUUAUUGGGGUGAAACUUCUCCCUCACUUGGUCUCACCCACUUGCAUCGGUGACGCAUGACAACGAUGAUUGUGAGCGUGAGCGCUGAUCUGAAUUCCUGUCUGCUGAUGCAACCGCUCGCUUGUUUCAUUCGCACAAUUUUAAAUUAAAGCCUUUUUUUGGGAGCCGCGGCGGUGCCUCCGAGAUCUGAACACCCAGUUUUGUCGAACCAAUUUCAUUCAGCUAACAAUAUUAAACUGAAGUAAAGGAGCUUUUAAUAUGAGAAAUAUAAAAUAAGCCAACAAAAAUGUCCCAAACAACCUGCACCCCUCAUGGUACUCAAACGAGAAAAUUACGGUGAAAUGAGCUUACCUAUUUCAACCUGUGACAUGUUUUCUUUAUUAUAAUUUCCUGCUCAGCUCACUGUUGAAAUAAGCUGCUGGCAGAACAAUCGAAUAUAAUUAAAAUUUAAAUAUAUGUAUGCAAAUCUGUGUUUGGGAUUACAGUUAAAACCCAAAGCAGUACCCCCUUUUCUCCCCCUUAAAGGUCUGCUUUUUAUUUGGCUCUCAGGAAGAUAGUACAAUCACACGAGUCUGCUUUGUUUUUAGCUAUUUCAUCGGAGCAGCGGGCCGUGCUCCUGAGUACGCCUCUGAUGUUAUUCAUUGUAUGCAAGGAAGCACACUCUGCCGUACAGCAGCCAUGGUAAUUUCUCAGUCUGACGGGGCCCGCUGCACCUUCAACAACGGGCUCCAUUUAUGUGCAUUCGCUCUGAUCUGCACUUGACCUUCCUCAACAGGCGCAGUGACUAAAAAGCCUUUCAUACAAUCCCAAAGAAGUGUUGAGGAGAGCAACAGCGUCUCAGUCACGGCCCCUGAGGAAACAGCGCAAGACCUAUAAACUCUUUAAAGGGAUACUUCAAAUCACAAACGAACAAUGUCUUCCUGUCGGGGGUUUCCUGGAGAAGUUUGGUUCAUGGUGCGCAUUUAUAUCCCGAGAAAGAAAGCAGGGGAUUAAAAUGAACUAAGUAACCUCUGCGAAUUUACACAAAGGAGGACAUUUUCGGAUAAUUUACUUCAGUUUGACGCCAUUUUUAAAAGAGCAUGAAGCUUAUUAGACAUUUGAGACUGCAGCAGACUUUAAUUAUUGGCUUGAAUGCAACAUUAAAGUUGAAUCCCAAAGCAGGAUUUUGAGGUAUGCAUGGCCCCACAAAGGCAGAACACAGCAGUUCGAUAUCUAAGGAUCCUUCACAUGCAUCUACAAAUGUGUCUGUCUUUUCCCAGGAGGAUCCAUCAGGUGCAUCGUUCAUGACCCAACCUGCAUUAAGAAUCAUCGCGAAGUAAUUCAAACAACUCAGUGGACUUUAAGCAGCAGACAAUGGUGCAAAAACAAUGAAAAGUUUCAAAAGUGGCUUUUUGGGACCAUAGCUCAUCACUAAAUGCCAACAAAUGUCCCUUUAUAUAACUAAUGCCACAACAAAAAGAAAGCUGAAAAUUGUGAGAUUUAAAGUCCAUGUCAGCAGCCACGUUGGUUUAUUUUGCUGGUGGCGUAAACAUUGCUGAACUUUGAUUAAAAAUGAGACACAAAAGUCUGAAAUCAAGGGCAUUAGGCUUUAAAAACAAAGCUGCAGAAUGGUUUGGAGCCACAUGGCUGGUUAAAUACAAAGAAAAUUAAAUAUUGACUUCUUUUUAUCAGAAAGCUCGAGACUAAAUGUGUCAAAGUGAAGUAUGACCGAGCGAGACCACUGUCACAUCCAUUAUUCUGAUUCUUCUGAUUUAAAGAGGAGCUCCGGCCUAACUUUUAGUGCCAUCAAAAGUUUAUUGUAAUAUUGACAUUGAUUAUAAUAAAGCAAAAUAUAAAGUGAUGUAAAGCUAACUGACAAACCGAAACGUACUGCCAUCAAAAAAUUUAACGAUGUUUCGGGGAUGUCUCAGAGGAGAGAAGGUUUCAAAUGUCUCCUUGUGGGAUGAGUUUAAUUCUGCAAAGUCCACAAUGUGCAGUUUUGGUGCAGCUGUGCAGCUUGGUAUGCUGAGUUUGUCACUGUGCUAGCUACCUGUACGUUAGCUGAGUGUUAGGAGAUGCGCCACCCAGCUCCCCUGCUUUUUUUUUUUCUGUUUUUCUUGAAUUGAGCAGUAUUUUACGAAAGAGGAUUAGGGCCACAUGAAGUUGGCCCUGUGCUCCACGCCUUCAGGAUCAAUAAAUUUGAUCAGUUUUGAUCAUAAUCUUCGGCCUGGUCUUUUCAGAGUUCAAAUACUUAUGACCAUACUGUGUGUUAAAAGAGCAAGACUUUCCUUAUUACUGAAUCCAAUUCUAAAGUAAAGCUUUACAAACUAUUCUAGAGGACAUGUUGUCGAGUGACGAGGGACAGUGCUGUUGAUUCAGUAUCAUUUACUCUCGAUAUUUCGACUUUAAUCUUGAAUUUUUGACUUUAAUCUUGAAAUUUUGACUUAAUUUACGAAAUUUGGACUUUAAUCUUGAAUUUUUGACUUAAUUUACGAAAUUUCGACUUUAUUCAUGUCGACUUUACUCUCGAUAUUUCAACUUCAAUCUCAAAAUUUCGACUUUAAUCUUGAUCCUGUAAUUAUUUUUUCUCUCUUCGUGUGGCCCUAAUCCUCUUUUGUAGUAUUUCCACUGAAACUCUCACUAGCUGUUUUUUUUUUUAUGCAUCAUCAUGACCUACAUUGAGAAAAGCUGUCAGAGUACAGCAUACACACACCACCAUACAGCACUACAUUAAAGCUAACGAAAAGGAGCCAGAAAUGUCUCUUCUAUGCUGAACUUUACAAUACUUGUACUUUAGUUUUAUUCUCUGUUAUCUGAGGUUUAAGUGGAAUAUUUUGACAGCAGAGGUUAAAUCCUGUACGGAGUGUAAGCCUUGUUGCCACGCAAACAGAGACAAAACCAUAUACCAUCAUUCAAGUGUCAAAAAGCUUUAAACCCUCGAAAUGCAAAACUGCCACGAGCAGAACAACUCCUGUCUACAGGGAAAAAAGGAAACACCUACACCUGUCACUGAUGUAAAACACACACAACUACCCUGCCGUCCUCAGUUUCCAUACCUGUCCAACUCUUUAGCACUCGUUUUUGAGUAAUGCAGUUUCGAUUUGAUCCAAUGUUGUCUAAUGUGUUUCAUUUAGAGGUUUAUGGCGAUCAGAAAGGUCCUCUUCAAUCCAUUACAACCUGCUUAGCAUUGACGCAGUUGUGCUGAUUGAGGAGAUUCGCCGGGGAAUUUCCUCCAAACAGCCUCUUUGAACGAGGAUUCAAGGAAUCAGUUUGGUUUAACACACCUCCUCAUUUGAACAGUUUGUAUUGAUAUAAAAGUGAUUUAUUCGAGGCGCUGAUGUCGCCAGAUCUCGAUGAUUACAAAAGGGAAUAAGCUGAGCCAGGGUUCCCCUUUUUUACUAAAUGGAUCCCAAAAUAAGAGUCAAGAUCUAAAUAUAACACAUAUAUUUUUCUUCCUUUCUUCAUUCCUAUCUUUGGCUCUCUCCCUCCCUACUCAUACUUCUCUUAGGACAGCAUGUUGGUCUUUCAGUCAGAGAAGAACGUAACGCUGAACGUCAGAAACGAACAAGGACAGCUGACCGGUCAGCUCACAGUCGGUAAGUGUCUCACUCUUUCUCUUGCCAUCAUACAUAAAAAGGUUUUAUUCACUUGCUUUCUACAGGUUAUGGGAAGUGCAGAGUUUGACAUUGGAAUUUUGGUUUUUUGGAACAAGAGGCGACCAAAUCUUGAUAAAUGCCAUUAUAGCCAGGUGAAUUCGAUGGUUAAAUACAGAAUUUUCAAUAUAAUGAGACUCAAUAUGAGGCAUAAACUAACCAGAGUAAACAGCUGGAAAACAAAGCAAACCAAGUAACAACAACCAACAAUCCGUAAUCCAAAAACAUCAUCACCCCUAAUUGUUAGUGCCAGAAUAAGAUGGUUAUUGUAAAUUUUCAAAAAAAUAAGUUUCUGUCAGCUCAAAAAAGAGGAAAACAAGUUCAACACUCUUGCUCAUCUUCACUAUUUACAAAGAAAAACGAAGGUCGGGUCUGUCUGGAAGUUUUUUAAGUGUGCUUUGAAACGCAUUCAAAAAAGAUCGGGAAGGACUGAAACAUUUCAUGGAGCUAAGAUUUUCUCUUUUUAAACUUUAGUUACACAAGCACACCUACUUCAUGAGAUGGUGAGAUGUGCUAAUGCUGCAUUUGAGUUACCUGGGAAGUCAGAUGUCGGAGCUGAAAAUGACAUCAUACUCGAGUUCCCAGCAUUUUAGUUACCAAGUCAGAAAAAAGCUAAAUCAGAGGCGGAAACAAGAUGAAUGAAAACUAUUUUAGUGCUUGCCUUGUCCUUGUUAUAUUUGAACAAGGCAAGCGCUAAAACAGCUUUUGUAGAUGUAGCCAUCUUGUUUCCGCCUCCAAGCAUAAAAGCUCCCUCUUAAAUUAUUGUACACCCAAAUUGUUAGGAAACCACUGUGUUCUAGCUUGCGCUGUUGCUACGGCUACUGCUAUAAUGUCGUAUUGCUCUACUACCCAGAUUUAAACAAGCACAGAUGAGAGAGGCAUCUUACUGCACGGUGGGUUAGGGUUUCACACCGACAGUAUAUUUAUCUGAAAAAUGUUGACAAAGAUGUUUUUAGACAGUGUUUGCUUUAACUAGGACAUGACCUUGUGGGUUAUCUCACAGCGUGUGGCUCCUCUCCUGCUUACCCCUGCCCCUCUUUUUCCCUGUUUCCUGCUCUGUCCACUGUCAUAUCCUCUCCGAACAGAAACAAAAAAAUAAGUAAAUACAUCAUAAAAUAUACAGUAUGUUUAUAGAACCAGCACAGGCAUGUGGCUGUUGACUUGCAAGGAGAACCGAAGGACGGGACCCUAGCUUUGCUAAUGUAGAUACCGAUAAAUCAAUGGCUUACUUUUGAACGAGGCCUCAAGUGGCCAUGUAAAGAACUGCAAGCACUGCAGAGGUGGUGGUGUCUCUUGACCCAGAGGUUACCCAUAUUUCUCUUUUUAUGUCCAACAUAUUAAAAAAUGAUUGAAUAUUAAAGCUCUCCCUGAUUGUAAAUGGCAUGAUCAGUUUAAUAAUGACUGUAAUCAGGGUAAGUGCUUCAUCUUUAAAGUCUCUUUAAACCUCUUUGUGCCUUAUAAACAGACUGUGGUUUCUUCCAGACACUAACCUUUGCUGCACUUAUUGAAAGGACAAUGGAUUCUUCUUAUUAUCAUCAAGUUCAACCAUCAGUCAGCCCAAAUUACCAAAGUCAUUUACAUGAUUAAUGACCACUGGAAGGAAAAUGACCUGCUUAUUAACAUUAAUAGCUAUUGAUCUUAGCCAACAUAAGUUGAGAGUUGAUGCUGAUUUGACAAGACUGCUGAUAUGACACGCUUUGGUCGCGCUUGACCUUCCUUGGAAAAUUAGCGCCCGCUUUUGUAGAAAGUGCGUUUUUGUCUGAAAUGAGAUGAAACUUGGCGAGAAUAAUUAAAUUCCCCAGCAGCCCGUGGAUUAAUGAAACUGAGGGGAGGAGAGUGUGAGAAAGGCAGACGUCGAAAAGUUUCUGCAUGCACAUCUGGAAAAACACCAAAGUCUGGGAAUUAAUAUUCUUCACCAGCGGAACAGAUUACUGAUUUGUCUCCAUCCGUUGUAAAAGCACGGCCGAUUCCAGCUUUGUUCGACGCCUUUCAUUUGCAGAGGAAGCACUCUGCACAGUUUUUCAGAGUACUAAUAGCCUUAUACGCCAAGCUUCGUUUGAAAAAGCUGAUUUGCAAGACCAGAAGCGCACAAAGCAGUGUUUUAUUUGAGUGCAUCAUCUUCACAAAGAGCAUUAUUAUGAGCAUCAACAACUGAUAAAGGGUAUUAUGUGGAAAUUUCUUCUGUUAAUGCUUUUAGUUAUCAAACCAAAAUUUAAUUUCAGUGCAUCAACUACCAAGCAAGUCAGUAAACAAGUAAAUAAAUGCGCAUUACACGGUGUCUUUUAAUUGAAUUUCAAGCACAGUGCUUUGUGGUUUUUCUUUUUCAGCUUUAACCUGGACUCUUUUCUAUUUCGUCUCUCUGCAGGACCCGAGGCUGUGGAGGCUCAGUGUCAGGGACUAGAGGUACGGAGUAAAGAUGGGGAAAGACUGCUGUUCACUGCAAACGAAGAGGAGGUCAUUAUGACGGCUGAAAAGUUCACCGUCACAGGUACUCUCGUUUUAUAAUCCUCUAGUGUUUAACGAAUUUAAUCGGAUUACAGUGUAAAGAAGGGCUGAUUCAUGAUCUACACCUCCAUAUUUGUCUGUCUCAAAAACCUCUUUAUGAGUAGACGCACAUUAACCACGCAAACAUUACAGAAAUAAAACUCAGUGAGGAUAAUCUGUCUAGAUAAAGCCAAGAGGAAUCUGUUUUGGUGUGUUUUGAACCUAUUGGGUUCACUGAUAUCCUUGAUAAUGCAAAAGCCGUCAACUUUCUAUGAUCAAUGGUUUAUAUCUCUCGAGUGAGCAAUGGGAACUGUCAGUGUUCAUGAUUCAAACAUUCAACGAUCAUGAUGUAUCAAGUGGAGACGUGAGAGAAAUUUGGGCUAAAAUUAGUUACUCAGGUCUUGCUUUAACUUAUAAAAAAGGUAAUAAAUAAAAUCUCACAGGCUGAGAAGUAAAUUCCAAGACAGACAGCAGGUGUUUUUUUACCCCAUAACUUUAGAAAUGGCUUUGCUCCAAUUAAGUGUCCCAGAGAGGCUUUAUGCUCAUCAGGAAAGCUUGAUGAAAUGUUUGUCUACUCAUGCUAUCCUUCUCUAAUAUGACAAGAUUAACAAUAACUGUGCAGGAAAGUGCGCUGUGGUCUUUGUACAGCCAGGAGAUAUUUUUUGAUGCUAAUGAUGGGAGCCUAAACUGUCCAAACCCAGGUCAACAAUCGAUCUUCUUUAAAAUGGCACCGCACCAUGUUGCACUUGAAUAUGGAGCUAAAACUGAAUAUGACCCAGACCAGCAGUAGGUUAACCGCCUCUGAAUUUCUUUUUUCAAGUGUUUAUCCUUAUAUUUUGUCUCCUAUGGGGAACUGCCGUGAUGUAAAUCAAGUUACAUACUCAGACAAUAACAUGAUAUAAACUCUGAACUCUGCAUUUCUGUUUGAAGGAAGAUUAAUGUGAGCCUGGUUUGUACUCCUUAAUCUCAGUGACUCUGUAAAUCAUGACAUAUUACUGCAGAGACGACAAAAUUAGUGGGUUUGUCUGAUCUGGUUUUAAACUGAUUAAGGUCAUACCUACAAGGCCGGCAGUGAGUGGAGGUCAUGUAUGGUGUUCCCCAAGGCUCAGUUCUUGUACCACUUUCACACGUAUUUACACGCACAAAAUUAAUUACCAUAAUUAUGAUGAUGAUUUACAAGUUUACACAUCAUUAUCUCUUGAUAAGUUCAGUCCAGUUCAUCCCCUCAUUCAUUGUCUCAGUGAUAUUAAUCCAUGGAUGACAUGUAACGUUUUCUACUAAACGAAGACUAAACAGAAAUUCUUGGUUUUGGACUAAAACCUGCCACACCUGGAUCAGAUCCAGCAUUAAAUCUGGGUGUUGUCAUGGACUGUGAUCUAACAUUCGAAAGUCAAAGUGCUGUAUAAAUCAAAUUUGACUUGACUGGGCUCUUUGGGUGAUAGUCUUAAAAGUGUAAGAUUUUGGAUUAAUAUAAAAUUAAACGAAGACUGUCUUAAAUCCUGCGGUUGGUUCUGAGCCCACUUGGAAGCAGGAUGACGAUCAUGGUCUUGAAUGUUUGGUCUGUUUCCAGGUUUUAUCAACAGCCUUUAAUUAGGUAGAACAGAUUUUGCUAUAGACACAUAGCUUCCAUGCCAAAAAGGCAUCUAUGUUUAGUAAACAUUCUCUUGGCUUUACUUUAAAAAUAAAAAAAAAAGGACUUUUUUUUUCCAGGCUCAGAAGGCGCCGUGUUUGGACACUCAGUGGAGACUCCCCUGAUCCAGACGAGGGACUCUGAGGACCUGAAGUAAGUUCAUAUUCGUUGACUUUACGGGAUUUCAUUAAAUCUUAAUGUCACAUGUUCAUAUCCUGUUCAAUUAAAAUGGAGAUGAUUUAAGUGAUGAUAAUAAAUGAGCCGCGGCAUUUCAAAGUCACUGCCUGAGCUGAAGAAGAAGACUUCACAUGGGAAGGACCAUUUUUCACCACUGUCAUUAUCACCCAGCGCUCUGUUUUAAACUCAAGCAUCUACUAGUUGGCUCGUUAUCGCACAAAUUUAAAACUAGAUAUGACCAUUAUAUUAAUUUCACAGCUGAGUGGUGAGCUAAUCUGUUAGUCAUCCUCUAAAGCAGCCAGGAAUUGAUUAAAGUACAGAGAGAGUACGCAGAAAGUGGGUGAGGUUGAGAUGCUUAUUAGACUCUUGUGAAUGCGAUCCCUAACACUCUGUACCCCGAGGCCCUGAAACCCGGCGCCGCUCCAUUAGCGAGCUCUAACGAGUUUGGUUUGUCGUCCACCUUGCUGGUCCUGAAGGGAGCGCUGGGAUCAAAGUUGGCAGAAAAAGCGGUGUUCUGGCAUCUAAUUCCUCCAGAGUGAGAGGAAUACUGAUGAGGCUCGCUUUAAAGCAAGCACACGUCCGCGCGCACACGCACACACACACACAUGCAUGACUGGUACACACAGACUCAGCUCAGAGGUGACCAUCUGCAGUGAGCGCCGUCUUAACGAGAAAAACAGGAGACGUUUCAGACACCAAAUUUCCAACAUGAUGCUCGCUUCAAUUAGAUCCAAAUGUUCUUUCAACGCAAAUUAAAUGAAAAGAUUUAAUUUCCAAAAAUUGUUGAAGUUUGAUUCUGUUUGUGAGGUUUACUUGACAGCAUAUUGGAUUUGUUUGAUCGGUUUAAUUAAAACACUGUGCAUGUUCAAAAAGCCAUUAUCUCCUCAGGCUCCUUCAAAAUAAGUGUAAAAUUGAUGUGAAAUUCCUUCAGUGAAGAAUGACUGAAAUAUUUCCAAACUGCACUGUCAGGACUUGGUAUAAAUGCCCCUUUAAUCCCAAACUAAUUUAUUUUCCAAACAUACAAAAAAAAGUCAAACAGCUCUCAUACUGAUCAAAUUAAAAUACUAUUAAAAAAAAAGAGAGUAACGGUGAAAACGGGAUCAUGUGGGCUGUUUGUGUGUUUCUUUUUUAUACUUCUGGUGUGUUUUUGGGCUGAUUGGGCUUCAGACAAAAUUAACAAACUCUUUCUCUGCCUCGGCAUCCCACUUGUAAACUUCUUGUUUAUCUCAUGUAGCAAAAGAAAAGAGCUGAAUAUUAUCAUGUUGUGAAUGAAAUUUCAGUGAAAUCAACAGGUUUUCACCAAAUUAUGUUUACUUAGACAGCCCAGGAGACUCUUUUAAUAUUAAGAUCACAUCUCUGAAAGAUUAAGGGGGAGAUAUCACACAUUUAUAAACGUAGUUUUAAAAUUGAAAGGAGAAGUUGAGGCAAAAGACUAGAGCUAUAAAGCCUUUGGUAACUAAAAUAUCAAUAUUUUUGAUAGAAUUGACUAAAUUAUAUACCCCUCAUAUAUACCUGAGUGUAUGUUAGGGCACUGCUGCAUAGUUUGUAGAAGUAUCAUUUUAGUAUUUAUUCAUUUUUAUCAGGCUUUUGUUGUAUUUAACCAUGUCUUUAUCUUUUAUCGUACCACUUUUAAACAUAUUUCAUUGGCCUUUACUGUGUUUAGUGUGUAUCUGGUGUUAGUCUAUGUUUUUCUGAUGUCUCCAUGCUGUUUGUUGUCUGUAUGAGUCUUGUCCUGGUGGUGAAAUAGUUUCCCCCAUGAGGGAUCAAUAAAGUCUACCUUACCUUACCUUACCUUAGGACCCAAAAAGUGAUAAAUCUAAUCUUUUGUACAAACUAUUGAGGAAAUAUCUGAUGUGUUGAUUCAACUUACCAUUAUUUGCUGUUUAAAUUGUGUGAAAUAAUCUUAAUAUUCUUUAAAGAGUGUGACACUAGGACUGUUAUUUAGGGUGUAUUAUUGGACUCUGUGUAAGUUAUUGAUUAAAUUCAAUAUUCAUGCUUUUGCAAUCAUAUAAAUCUCACUUAAAAUAGUGCAAAGACAACGGAUCAGAUGUCGGUAAUGAUAAUGUUUUAUGAAAUUUUUAAAUUUGAUGUCAGCCACAUGUUUAGAAAAGUUAGGUAGGAACAACGAAACACUAAACUAGUUAUGUAGAGCUAAGAAUAAACCUGGAGAGCAAACUAAUUACAUGAAUUUGCAACAGGUUAAUAAUAUGACAAGGUGUGAGGAGGGCGUUCAAGAGAGACCAAGUCCCAAAGUGAGGAUGGGAAGAGGUUUACCACUCGAUGAGAUACUGGGAGAGAAAAUAGUUCAGCAUCUCCAAACGUAAAAAUGAAAAUAACUUGAGGAAUUUAUCAACACAGCACAGAAUUUCAAUUAAAGAUUCAGACUUUUGUACAAAAAGGGAAGAGGUUGAUAACUGAUAACUUUACUACACUAAAUACAGGCAUGAUUCUACAUUGGAAAUCACUGCAUGGGUUUAAAAUCAUUGUAGGUGAACACAGGUAAGUGCUGUAUGCACAAAUGCUGGUUAAAACGGCACCAUGAUGAGAGGAAACUAUAUACAAACAUGAUUCAGAAAAACUGUCCAUCUGCUCAAUGUAUCAGCAUGUGUGUUUAAAGCAUCAUGACGUCUGUACCAGCUGAUUUCAGAUAAAACUCUCCCACCAAGUCUAAUGACAGACUGACACACAACAUUGCUCUUGAAUCUUUUCCUCCCCUCUGACUGUAACGUCAAUGAAUCUGAAGAUAUAAUCAAAUUAACUUCAUUCCUAUUAUCUCAAGAGAUUGUCCUUUUGUUUACUUUAACAUAACUGUAAUAUUGACUCGAGAUCUGGAGAUUAAAAAUAUAAAAGUACACACAGCUCUCUGCUUUUUUGUUGCUUUUGUAAACGACUAAAAUUAAAGGUUUUCAGGGCAUUUAAAGGACAUGUCAAAAUAAUCUUUGACCAGUCGCUUCCACCAAAGUUUUCCUGUCCUAAUCUGCCAGACCGAUCCAAAAACACUGACUCUUGCUUCAUACUCAAUUACUGAAAAACUGGUGUACUCACACUAAAAAUCUAAUCUUUUCCUCUGAUUUCAUUGUAUUAAACACAGCUGGCUAAACACUCCAAAGCAUCAAAUCAUCUGAAACUCUGCCUUGUAGAUAAAUGUGGCUGGAGGCAAUAGGAUUUUGGGUCCUCUGUCAUUGGGUACAGGCGUCCAUCUGUGCAUCACAGUCUUGUUAGCACAGUAUUUCCAAAACGCCUCGAGGGACUAUCUCCUAAUUUGGCAUAAACAUUCACUUGGACUAGAGGAUAAAAUGAUCGGAUUACGGAGGUUCAAAAUCAGGUCACUCUUAUCUUGAAUAACAUGUUUGGUGAACAUUUCAUGUGCUGUUUUUCACAGUAUUUCCUGCAGAUUCAGUACUGGAGUAACGUGUUGUUCAAAAGGUCAAAGGUAAGCUUUGACUAGGGCGACCAUAUUCCGAAUCCCCAAAUAGAGGACACUAGUACGCGGGGCGGACUAGUGCGCAAAAUUUUGUGGGUUUCUUUGGGUCAGGUUGAGUGUUUUUAUGCGCUUCUAACUCAGUUAAACACAUAUUCUGAGGCAUGUUAGCAAGCUAGUUAUCUGUGUCGCGAAUGCAGCCAGUCCUGUUUCAGUCCCAAGAGGCCGGUGUUUGUUUAAACUUUGGAUAAGACAAUCUUAAAGACGAACUGAUCAGAGAAUUGAUGUUUGGACGUCAAGUUUUUAUUUUAACUUUUAUUUCUUCUAAUGCUAAUUUGAAUCCUUCUGAAUAGGUUGUUUUAGUGAAUUAGGACCCUGAGAGGGUGAGCAGGAUCCUGUCGCAGCACUCUCUGUCAUUUCGUGGGAAUACAGCUCGGCAUCUGCUGCUUUUUUUUUGCAUUGUUUAUAAGCUUCCGUGGCUUUGGGACUCUUUUAGUCAUAAGUUUAGGACCCUCUCCGCCAUCCUGGAGGUGUCACAAGUUCAGCUUUUUCUUUUUCAAACCACUCACCACCUGUUAGUUAAGCUCUCCGGGUAAUACACUUACAGCCUGGCUUGAGUCCAUGUAGCUGUUUUUUUGUCCUUUUUAAAAACACACCACCCUCUUUUUGAUGUGUUGUAUUUCUCUGCAAGCCAGCAAUAAUCUCAGAGAGGAAGAGAGCAAAUCAAAGAAAGCCACCUGAGAUCCGUCUCUCCUUUUGAAGCACCUGUUCUUGUGCUGUGUUUGUUCAGACGCGCUGAAGUCUGUCUUCGCCAACACCAUGAUGCUUCUGAACAUUCUCAUACACUGAGAACAAUAACUCUUUUCGGCAUUGAGGGCAUGUUUCAAAAUUUGUUUUCAAAUUGCAUAAUCCAGGUUAUCAUCAAAAAUGCACUGAAUUUUAUAUUUGCUCUUUUAUUCAGUUGACUAAUUUCCAAAGAGUCCGCCUCGCAGCUCUGUCGAAGACUGGCCAUUACAGUCCAAAACACUACUUGUCUUUUCUCUGUUCUGCAUUUUGUUGAGUCAGUUUGAUCGGGAAAGUUGUGACUUUGUGACACCAGAAGGAUGUAGAAAGAUUUUACAGAUGCCAGUGUAAGAUAGGUAAGGAUUUUUCUAGGCUCUGUAGGUGUUCCAGGUUGACACAGUGAAAAGCUCACAGAAGUAUACAAGAUCUCCCUAUAUAUUACUAGUUAAAUGUAAUGAUCAAAAUGUCUUUGAACAUAAAUUCUAAGUAACAGGUAACACUUUACAAUAACCAUAAUUUAUAAAUGGUAAAUAGAUAAUUUAUUAAUGUUUAAUCAUCAUUUAAAAACAGCAUAUAGACCAAUCAUAAAUGGCAAAUAGAUAGUUUAUAAACAUUACUUAGAUGGUUAUUGUAAAGUUGCAACUGAUGUUUGUAAUACUUUGUAAAUGAUUAAUAAGUGGUUUAUAAACCAUCUAUAAACAUUGCUUAGAUCACUGAUUCUCAACCCAGUCCUCGAGGCCCCCUGUCCUGCAUGUUUUGGAUGUUUCCCUGCUCCAACACACCUGAUUCAAAUGAUCAGCUCGUUAUCAAGCUCUGUCAUGGCUUAAUAACGAGCUGAUCAUUUGAAUCAGGUGUGUUGGAGCAGGGAAACAUCCAAAACAUGCAGGACAGUGGGCCUCAAGGGCCUAUUGUAAAGUUAGGGUUAGGGUUAGGUUUUUAAAAUUGUAAAAUUUACAAUUUAUUAAUGGUCUAUAUGCUAUUUAUAAAUGAUGAUUAAACAUUUAUAAACUAUCUGCUUACCAUUUAUAAAUUGUCUAUUUACCAUUUCUAAGUUAUGGUUAUUGUAAAGUGUUACCAAAUAACAUUGCCUAUUGUAGCUUUAAGUUGAUUUCGUUGUCUCUAUUAGUCGGAAUAUCAUGAAAAGCUUUAGAUGACCCAGAAGCAGAGUUUUGAUAGACUUUGGUUUUUCACUUUGAGUAUAUAUGUACAAGAUUUUUUCAAAGACAAAAAACUUUGUUUCUUUUCAUACUUUUACACAUAAAGCUCAUUUGUGUAACUUUUGGCUUGUGUCAACUUUUGCGCCUCCUGUGGACAAAGCCGCCUUUGCUCAUCUUGUCCUUAACAAAAAUAUAUCUCCAAAAUAUCAUCUGCCUUACAGGAAAAAACUGCAUUGUUUGGUACAUUUUCCUGUCUUUGAUCAGAAACAUAAAAAGUGUGAAACACAGGGCUGCAUUUGAAGAUUUCGUCCCAGAUAGUUUAAUUAUAGAGGUUAAAUAAUCAAUUAAUUUGUGUAAGCAUAAAACAAAACAGGUUAAUCGAUAAGUUUUAUCAGUAACAAAUAGCAGUUUUGAAUCAUCACCCAUGAACUUUAAACAUACUGCAACAAAUAGCAAAAAUUGUUUUAAAGAAAUAUGAAAAAUAACUAUGGCUUUUUGUGGCACUUGGUCAUGCGCUUGAGUCCAUUUUUUUCUGUCAGCUGCUCUGAAAGUAACGGAUAUGUGUUUAUUCCUUGUGACUGGUGUAGUGGAUCUAUCAGGAACAAAAACCUUGGUCUAGAAGGCUCGGAAACAAGGGCGCCGCAGUUAUAAAGUGGAUAUAGUCCUGAAGGAGCGACCUGUCAGUCUGUCAUGUCCUUUUCUCAGCUUACAGCUUCAUUACCUUCAGUCAUCCCUCUUGUCGGCGCUCUGAUCUGCUCCUUCACCUGGCACUGACCUCCCUACCUCUGCUUCACUCUCACAACAACUCCCGGCGCCAAGUUUGAGGACAGAAAUCAAGAUGGAUAAUUGCGGGAAAUUUGGCUCGGAGGAUUCAUGUUUUGACUCCUCGGCUUGCUGCCCACUCAGCUUGAUAAUCGUUGCCAGAAAUUACAGGCCUGGAUAUGAAGAUAUUCCCGUCAAUUACAUAAUAGGAUCAUCUUGUGUGUCAUUCUGGUGGAUGGUGCUCUGAUUCCUGAUGUCCCAAAUCCAUCUGAAGAGGCAGGGUGAUAUUCCUCUUGGUAAAGCUGGUUUGCAGCGUUGUUUGUCUGAAAUUUUUACUGCGACACAUCUGUCAUCCAGUUUGUUUACACUCCGAGAGUCUGAGUCUACUCUCCUGACAUGUUUGGAGGACAAAUAGUAGAUUGACGUCUUAUCUGCGCAACAAAGAGUCUCGAUUGUGUCAGAAACAAACCUUAGUUUCAUCUUUUUUGUAAAUAAGACGUCUGGGUAAAAGCAGGUGGGAAUCUGAAGUAAGACGAGUCUGACAUUAAGAAGUGAAGGCAGACCAGACAGGAUUUGAAGACACUCUGCCUUCUUACAUUGCAGACAUCACAUGGUACACUUCCAGGCUUGGCAUCAGAGAGCAGAAAAGAGCUUUUCAUUUUAUUUUCCUUCCAAACUUUCUGCAACUCGAGUCUGUUUGCAGUGCAGUCAGCCACGUACUCUUCUUUCGGGACAGUCUCUGCAGUAACUGUGUCCACACAGGAGUGACAGCUUCAUUAAGAAGAUAAAAGCAAGGCAGGACAAUUCUUCUUGGUUCCACUUAGCUGAAGUCUGACUUUUUUUUAUCACCAAUUUGGUGAGAUUGAGAUGUAGCACAGAAAGACUGAAUCCUUUUCCCCCUACAGUUUGACUACAGCUAAGAAAUACAGCGCUGUGUUACUGUAUGGUCUUAUUUAUCCUUUGGAGAGAUGUGUAGAGUAGGAAAUUUUAGAUACAGAUACUGUUAAAGCACGAGGUUCAAAAAUCCAACACCGGUGUAGGAUCUGCGAUGCAACCAGCAUCAUAUUUUAUGUUAUUAUUGAUCAAUCUUUGGGCUUUCCCUUUGAACUGAGUCAUAGUGUUGUCUGUAAAAUUUCUGAAGGAUGCUCAUUGAAACAAUAUUAAAUAAUAAUAAUAAUGCAUCAGAUUUUAUAGUGCUUUAUCAGAGACCCUCAAAGCGCUUUACAUGGAUACAUCAUUAAUUCGCUCACACAGUCACACCCUGGUGGUGGUAAACUAUCAUAGAAGUCAAAGCUGCCCUCGGGCAGACUGAUGGAAACGUGGCUGCCAGUUUGCGCCUCCGACCACCACCACACAACACUCACAAUCAUACACAAGCAGAGGACACACACUGGGAGCAAGGUGGCCCAAGGACACCACAGGCAGACUAGGGAUAGGAGGGAAUCGAACCGCCAACCUUUCAGUUGUUGGACGACCGCCUCUACCUUAGCGACUGCCGCCCCAAAACGUUAGAUUUUACAACGAGCAAUAUUCUGGUCUCCAGGAUAAAACCAAGACAACUCCGGGUUAAGAUUGCAACCAUUCAUCAAUAAACAAGCAUCACAAGUGAGCAAAAUGUUAAAGUUCUUCUUAUUCAUUUGAGUUUGCUUUUAAAUAAAAGUGACAGCAACAAAAAAAGUCUGCAAUUUGAUGUCCCAGGCACCACUUUCAAAAAUAUCUGAUCAUACUUACUAUAAGUCGAAUUCGCCUCAUAACUAAUCGGGCUGAAAUCGCUUAAAAUGUGUAAAAACUGGCUACAACUGCAACAGGCAAUUUUUUGGAUGGAUGGGUGGAAGUUUCUUGAAAUUUUGUCUUCAUCUUGAAAUAAGUUGCUGACCUUGGUUUGUGGGGUUUAUAAUAAGUUUCAUAUUUUACAUUGAAUGAAGCUGGCAGUUCAAGUUUGAUGUGGUUCUUGCUGUUUCUAUGGGCCUUGCUCCAGAGGAAGAGGGCAGCCUCUCAAAAUAAAAAACAUAAACAAUGAAAGUUUUGAAGCUGAGGCCAAUCUCAAAGACUUCCAGAGUAGAAUUAGCCAAUCACGUACUGACAGGAAAAACAGCUUUCAUGGAGAGCAAAAGCAGGUGGAACGCAAUAAACCUCAUUAGAUCCUGACUCCAUUUAGAAAUAACCUGAUAAUUUAACCAUCAAGCUUAAUUAAAAAAAACGACCUUUGUGUUUUAUACGUUAACUGAGACGUGAGCAAAGAGAAAGCCUUGACUGCAAGUGUUGUUAGCUAACUGCUGGUUUAACUAUAAUGUCUGUCAAGUUGACCGUCACUCAUGGAGGGAUAUACUGUCAUUAUGUGGUAGCUAGUGGGUUUUAAGAAUAUCUAGAACUUAAUGUCACAAAUGCAAGUAAAAAAAAACAACAUUGAGUUCUACCAGUUUAAAGCUGAAAAAGAUAUUUUAAAUACGGAUAAAAUGAGACUUUUAAACAUUAAAACCACUUAGGGAAUCAUAUUCUGCAUCUACACUGGGUAUGGAAAGAUGCUACAGUCUGUAAUGGUCUGACAGCUGGAUUUGUAGAUUUUACAGGCUCAUAAUUAGCAAACUCAAAAUUUCACACAAACAUUUUAAACAAAAAAACAAGACAUAUGGUCAGAAAAGUGGCAGAUUUGACUGUUUGGGUAAUGUGUUAGAGCUGUGAAUCAGCACAUAAGGUAGCUCAGGAGCAAACCCCCUGGGGGCUCAUUAUGUUCAUUAUACAUCUCUGUGCUGGAGAAUUGAGGAAACAGGCCCAGUGCAGCAUAUUGUAUAUGAUACCAUCGUAUAAAAAUAAACUUGACUUUCACCUCUGGAAUCCCCUCAGCUAACAGAAGAGAUGUGCAGUAUUUAAAGCAACCUAGUCCACUGCAGCUUCAACCCCACCCUUCAGCACAUUUUAGAGUGUCCAGAUCUGCGAUACAGAGACCUUUUCUGGUGGAUCUAAAGGUCAUCCUACAUGCUGGGAGAAAAGCUGGUCAGAUUUCUCAGGGAGCCUGUCAUAAACAGCUGAUGUUGCUGCAAAUGCCACACAGGUUAUCUGCAGAGAGGUCUCUGGAUGAAACCUGAAAACUUGAAAUAUUAUCUGUCAAAGACGCUACGCCGCACUUAAGAUGACAUUGUGAAAUAAAAAAAAGGGGAAAGGUAUUUUUACAAUUUGACAGUAUUUGAUAAAUAACUUAAAGCCAGAUCUAGACACAUCUGAAUUCCUAUUUCCAUUACGAUUAUGACUCCACAGCGCCUCCCCUCAAACUGCUCUAACUUCAUCAUAAGCCGCUCAGGUCAAUGUGAAACAACUCAAGAAAGAUUAUUGAUGGACCGCUAUAUCGUCAACAUGAUGUGCAAUAACGGUAUAAAAUAUCAGGUCGAGAGAGGAGAGCAAGGAGAGGAGCAGGAGGAGGCAGGUGUGUGUAUUAGCAUGUCUGAAAAGCCAAGGGACAGAAUGAGCAUGAUGAGAGAGGCUGUAGUGAUCACAAGUGUGCACAAGCGAAUGGCUGCUGGGCAAAAAAGUGAGAGACGAUUUGACACUAUAGAGGAUGGUAUAAAAAAAGGUUGAAAAGACUGAAUAAUUUGCUGCCUGUGAUAAAAUAUAACCGGUAAAAGAGCUCAUAUCCUUCUGAAAAUACUACUACAAUGUACUACUACUUCUAACAAUUUGUCAAUAAAUUUAGAGUUUGUGAGAUUUUAAAAAGUCUUAAUUUGUUUAAAAGCUUGUGACGCGAAUUUUAGAUCACAAAUAAUUGUUUUUAUUUUUUUCCUGAUGUUAACAUUAUUCAAAAUAAUUGUUAUUAUAUUUUUUGCUCAACUCAUUUUAACUAGGUCAUACAAAACCUCCACUUAUUCAUGCAAAUGACCAAAAUUAGUGUUCAAAUGAAUCAAGGCUGCACGUUUUAUCAUCAACACCUGCAAAUUAGCGAAAAUUAACACAAAUCAAAAGUUCCUCACAGGAGCUUUAACUUUGAAUUGACUGUUUUCAGGUCUGUGGUACGUCAAAAUUGGGCCUCCAAAGUCUACGAAGUGCAUGUCCACAAAAAUAGAAGCAGCUUUAGACAAUAAUAAACCCGUUAAGACAUUUUUAAUUAAAUAAUCCUGCAAAUUAAUUCAAAUAAUGCUGUUUUUAGACUCUUGAAAAUUGGAUGAUGACUGAGUUUGAGUGAAAAUAUGGCAUCUUGCAAACUUCUCACUGCAGUAUAGAGGCUUGAAAUGACUCUUAAAAUGAUGUGUCUGAGUGAAAUCAUGGUUAACACUCUGUAGAUGCCUGAGAAAUGGCAGAAGCUUAAACAAGUUGUUUUUGCUCCUUAAUGAGCAGCUGUAGUUAAGAGGAUAUAGGUUGCCUAGUUACUGUAGGCAGAUUGUGUUCUUUUUUUUAUAUAAUAAAAUAUGUUUCCAUAGUUAAUUGACAGAUUUGUUAAGGCUGACCCGAACAAGAAGUUGGUUAAUGAAUCACUUGUAAGGGUUAGGGUCAUCAGAAUAAGGAUCAAAUACAGAGUAAGAAGCAGGAAUUUAAACAGGAGUUUAAGUAAAAAGACAUUAUGAAUGUGUUAAAUUUACUCUUGAGUGAUCCAAAGGGAGUCAGAUAUUAGAGCGAAGAUUUUUAGGGAGGGAAAAAGCUGAAAAUAAAAAAGGGAAACAAAAGCGCAGGCAUCUAUCUCCUCCAUUUCUACAGUCUCAGGUCAAAGGCGCAUUUCACAGCUCCUCUCCAAACUGUAUCUACUGAAAAGCUGAUUUAAAGUCAAAGAGGCUUUUCAAAUGCAGAUGAAAUUCAUUUGCUUUUUUUUCUCUCCCCCCUAAUUCAAAUAGCACAUAAUCCAAAAUAUGUGUCGCUUUCAGCGGGGAGCGGAGAUUUAAGCGAUUUCAAGACGCUGCCUUAAAGUCUUCCAUUUAAAAUUCAUUGAAAACAGAUUUGGAGGAAGAUGAGGGGAAGGAAAUCAAUUUGAACCGGUUAUGAGUUAUGAAAACAAAUUCCACAUUGAUUGGCUCUCGCACUUAUCUUUCCUUGUGUAAACAAAUAGCCCGCAGGAGGAAAAUGCAAAUCGCAUUAGCCUCAGUGUUGCUGAAGGUCAAAAUCAGCUGAUACAAUUACGGGCUGUUAAGGAGCUGCACUGGAUUAGAAUAAUGAGGAGAGAUGCUUAAACAUGAACAACAGCUUUAAUAUUCCUCAGGUGGAGGAGUCAAUGGUUUAACGAACAAGCAGGAUACAGUGAAUGCAGCAGUCAAAUCUGAGACGUAAGCAUUAAUACGACUAAAGCCCAUCAUCAUCUUUAAAGGAGCAGGAAUACUUCUUAAACUACCAUGACAAAAACACACUCCAUUUCACCUCAGAUGCAUUUUCUAUAAGUCAGCUGUUAAAUCCCAGAAAUGAAAAGAUCAGGAAAGAAUAAAGGAAAUAAUUGCAGUUCCAGCUCUAAAUCUCUGAGUCUGCACUGAUUUGUUUUCUGUUCUCUUCAGACUGGAGUCUCCAACACGGACCCUGACUAUGGAGGCCCCCCGAGGGGUGGAAGUGAGUGCUGCCAUGGGGCCGCUGAAGGUCAGCGGUCGAAAGGACUUACAGCUGGAGUCUACAGAGGGAGAGGUGAGGGGGAUUACGAGUUACACUGGAAACGAAAACAACCUCUUCUGCUGUCGUAUUCAUUAUUUAUGUCUAAACUUCUUUUCUUUAAUAAUUCUAAUUCAUUCAAGCGGCUGACUUUGUGCUGGUUUGGAGUGUUUACUGCGGCGGAUCGCUUCUUGUGUUCAGUGUACAGGUUUCGACCUCCUUGCAGAUUUGCUUGGGCAGAGAGUAUAAGUGCAGCUCUUGCAGUAACAGGGCAGAGGGGAGAGACUAGAAACUUGCAAAUUAGAAAGACCAGAUCAGAUGUGAGUCCUCAACAUGCUUACAGCUAAUAUGAGUCUUUUCUCACCAUCUUGGUUGUUUUUUUUUUGUUCGUCUCUCAGUGAACCGGUCAGUUCAAAGGCUAGCUGUAUGAAACUUUGGCACUAAUUUUCUUUCAUUUUUAUGUUCUUAAUUCCAAAAACCUGUCCAUUGGAAGUGUUUAGAAUGGGAGAAUUGCAUCACACUGACACUCGUUAUCCUCGUGACCAAAUUUGCCCCAUUGACUCCCAUUAUAACCACAUAUUUGUCAUAUGCUAUAAUCCUAACAUAUUAUAAUGCCUUUUCUAUUUAUACCUAAUAGAUCUAAGCUAUUACCUCCAAAAUUCAGGGAAAUUAUGUUUUAGGUGUAAUGACCCCCUUUAAAAAACACAGGCCAUUACACAAAGUUUGGGGGAAAUUUCUGUGAAGACCUGGAUUUCCCCAAGGGUCCUAUGGGUGCACGUGCAUGAGCCAGGAGGAUCAGGGAAGGGAUACCUGCCAGACAGAGAGGGACAAUGCAAUGUGACCGCGGGGAACUAAAAGGAGAAGGAGGAGUUUAAAACUCUCAUUGUGCCAAAAAUAAUAAUGCAUUAAAAUCAAUAAUUUUAUCAAUUAUUGACAUGGUUAAGGCUGGUAUAUCUUUAUCACAAAUAUUUCACUAUGCACCUCAUUUUUGUAAAUACUGCAUAUUUUGUGUUUUUCCCAUUGAAAAAAUCAGGGGUUCUCAUGACAAAAGACAAAAAAACUAGGGCCUGACCAAUUUAUUGGCGAGCCAAUUAAAUCGGUCGAUUUUAGCCAGUUUGAGACUAAUCGGUAAUCGGCCAAAACUUGCCGAUUUUCGCCAAUACUUUCAGAAAUAAAAUGCGAAGAAUACGAUUUGGUUUCACUUCGAAAAUGUUCCGCCAUUUGAAAAGUUCCCUGACUUAUCCUGUAGAUGGCGCAGCAACCUGAAGCAGGCAGCUCAGGGAUGCACAGUGGAGAGUGGUCCACCUCAACGGUAAAUAAACCAGUUUGUGAAAUACACAAUAAGUCAACAAGUUUCAGUUCAACCCACUUCACGAUGUUCCCCGCUGUGCUGGUCUCAGUCACGCUGAGUUAACGGUGAAGCACCAUGUAAUAUGCAAGCUAAAGUUAGAGUUAGCCACCUGCUAUUAGCCUUGCUACACUGUUAGCCAUGUCAGUAACAAUAGAAUAAACAACAGUACACAUUAGUGAUCAAGCUACUUCUCUUACUGAGGCAGCUGCAUGUCUCUAGAUGAGACCGGACCAGAAAUGAGUAACAUGAGUUAAGAUGCAGAGGCACCGAACUCCAUAAAAAAAAAUUAAAAAUCGGCGGAUUAAUCAGUGAUCUGAUUUUUUGCCUCCCGUAUAAUCGGUAUCGGCAUCGGCCCCAAAAAAUCCAUAUCGGUCGGGGACUAAUUAAAAUCAAUAUUUCUAUCAAUUAUUGACAUGGUCAAGGCUGUUAUAUCGUUAUCACAAAUAUUUCACUAAAAAAAAUUAAUGGAUGACAUUUUUACUGCACUUUUAUUAGACGGACCAUUUGUGUACAUGAGGUUAACAAGUGUAAGUAAAUUAAAAAAUUUCUUCCUAGAUACUUCUGGACGCCAACAUCAUUCAGCUAGGCAGCCUCCCACUGGGCGUCUACACCACGUCCUCUCAUCAGGUCUCCCAGGAACAGGAAGUAUAUGAGGUGUGCGUCUGCCCCAGCGGUAAGAUCUACCUCUCCCCCGCGGAGAGCAGCUCCACAUGCCAGGCCAUGAGCAACAUCUGCCUCUGGAGCUGACCUGGGGACAGCUUUUAACAUCUGCUCCGAAGCUGCUGAGAUCAAAACUCCCCUCUCUCUGUUGGUACAUUUGACGGAAGGUGGAGCUCCAACUUUUCACUGUCUGAGCUCAGAUCAGGUCAGGAGCAUCAGAGCCGGCUGCCUGCAGCGGUCUGCUGGAGGUCAGGACUCCUGUACUGCUGACAGUGUUUGAUGAACAGCGGGCAGAAUAGCUCUCUGGAAUCAGGAACACUUCCACUACUUUUUUAGAGGACACACCUUUAUUUUUCUACCUUAUGUUCAGCAAAGUCGACAUGCAGCAAGAAUAGAUGAAAAACUGUAAAAAGGGUGCCUUCAUGUAAAAAAAAAAAAAAGUCUUUUGUGACCUGUCUGUGAUCACUAAAGGUUCAAAGAGUAAGCACAAAUCUGUCAUGUUUUAUCUCCCCCCCUGGAAAACACUUUUUUUAAUGAUCUCAAUAGAUUUUUUAGUUCUUUUCCACUCUGUCAACAGCUGUUUCAUUUGGAAUUAAACAUGUUUUUAUGUGGCACAUGUUGUACUUGGCAUCAAGCGGAGAAAGAGAAAACAGGUCAAAACGUUGUCUUGAAUGUUAAGAGUAAAGGUUAACUUCAGGGGACUCAUCUGCAAGAAGGUAAAUCUACUUUUAUAUUCUACUUUUACAAACUGAUAAAAUAAGUUAGGGAAACUAUUUCGUUUUAAUAUAUUUCAUAAUUAGCUCCAUGAUUAAUAUUACCAAGCCGUUUUUAAGUAAAACCUUUCAUCUCUUGUAAGGACUUCUUACAUUUGAUGCAGCUUUCAUACAUCUCUGUUGGCCAAAUGAAGAAAACUCUCAUCAGAUUACCCACUGGAAAAUUCUUGCAUAAUAAA